CUCCCUCCCAAGCCUGGCAAACACGAACUCCCCUCUGAGAGGGGCGGGAAAGGCGCGCGAAAUUUCGGAGAGGCGGCGGCGCGGCCUGCCUGCCUGCCUGCCCCGCUGUCGGCUUCCCCACAGCCUGGAGAGGGCGGGCGGCUGAGGAGAAGCGAGGCGAGGCUCCGGCGCGGGGCCUCCGCGGGCUUCCUGCUACGACGGGGCGGGGAUUUCCUGAGGAGUUUCGCGGCGCUUUGCUUCCCUUUCGCUUUUUGCACGCAAAGUCCGAGGGGGAAAAGAAGUCUUUCUGAGGGGACGGGCUUCUUCCACCGGCACCGGCGGCCGCCGCCCCUUCGCUUCCCGAGCAUGGCGGGGUCGCUGCCGCCGGCCGCCCCUCUGCCCAUCCACCGCCUCGAGGAGCCGCUGCUGAGGAGGCUGAGCGGCUCUCUGGACCGGGCGGCUCCGGGCAGAGGCUGGAGGGACUUGGCGCAGCUGGCCGGCAGCCACCGCGGUGUGAAGCUGAGGUGAGGCGAGGUGUAAGGGGUGCGGGGACCUCGCUGGUGCCUCAGGCCGUCGAGGGAAAGGCAGGCCUCUCUCUCUCUCGUUUUGCGAGGCUUUCGGGCGCCACAGGAGUCUUCGUCGACUGGCCUGAAACCCGUUUGUGGGCGCUUUGCGUUGAUGAGGAGGAGGAGGAGGAGGAAGACGCUCCCCCAGCGAUGCUGGAUGAGGAGACUCGGGGCAGGGCGAGAAAAGUGCUUCUUCGCACACAGUUUCAACAGUGGAACUCGCUGCCACAUGACGGCCGCCCGCUUGCAUAGCUUUUAAGAGCGGGCUAGAGAAGGCUAAGCCAUAUGAAAGAAUCUUUCAUAUGUGGUGGACCAGUAAGAGGGUAAAAGAGUAUUGGGAAAUACAGUACUGUAAUUUAUAAUGAAUUUUUUUGGGGUGGGGUGGGGGGAUGUUUAAAAGCACUUUCCUAAAAAACAAAACAAAAAAACAGAGUCCUUUUUGUUGGGGAUAAUUCAGAUGGAAACUUCCAGGUGUCAAAAAAGGUUACUACUACUGCGGCUCCUGUUUCAUUAGCCCCAGAAUGGGAAAACGAGCGAGCUCCCAACCAAAGAAGAAUGGCAACUUAAACUGAUGGAAUAUGUGCAGCUUGCUGACCUAACAAUAUAGAAUAAGAGAACAAGAAGAACAUGCAUUUAAAGAAGAUUGGAAAAUGUUUAUUAAGUAUGGGGGGGGCAUUGUGUACACUUGAAAACAUCAGCAGCAAUAAGAUAAAUUCAACAGAUAAGUUUUGAAGGAUGUAAUAAUGGGAUUCUGAAUGGUUUAGUUUAUGUAAAACAUGCAGGGAUUCUUUACAGCCACAGCAGGCACUGCAAUUCUGCCAAAUGCGCACUUCUCCAUUGACUCCUGAGACAGACGGAUGCCAACCCAAUGGCUUUCAAGAGGUGGGACCAGGAGGAAGAUCAGGCUCCCCCAAAGUUAUCUCAAACCUCUUCACUGUUUCUAAGGGCCAAAAUAAGUGAUAAUGGGGGGGGGGGGGAAUCUGCAAUGGAAAGUUUCCUGGAAGGAUUUACACCACAGUAUGUGUUUCGCCAUGGAAGACCUGCCCCCUUUAGGAAUGCAUGGUUUCAUAAAAUGAAUGGGCAACUUAAUGAAUGGACAAAGCACAAAUCAAAUUAGGCGACUGGAAGGGAUGCAACAGUGGCCAAAUCUAAAAUCAAAGUUGUAAUUAAUUUUUUGGGGUGUGGGUGUGUGUGGCAGCUAUAUAUUUAUCUGCCCAGCUCUUCAGGCAUGCUAAAAUUGGUAUAUUAAUAAUUUUCAGUACCUUUCCCCCUUUAAUAUUUAAAUAGCACAAGAGAAGUGUGUGCUAUUGAGCUGUCAUUUCUUAACUUAUUUCAAAGUACAGUAUUCCAAUAAAAAUAAUUUUCAGGUGGCUCUUGGAAAAGCAGACCGUAAAAGUAGAAUAGAAAACUUCAAUGAAAAGUGAGGGGGGAAAGACCUGACAGUGCAGGUAAAACAUAGCCAUAGCAGCUAUCCUUUAGUCUUCCUUUAAUGGGUUUUGAAUCAAGGCAGCAUUUAAAGGAUAACAUAUUGGACUCUAUGUUUCUUCCCAAAGGAACCCAUCAUGAUAAAAAAUAUAAUCAGCUAAACACAAUUAUUACAUUUCAUAGAAUCAUAGGAUUGCAGAGUCAGAAGGGACCCAAGAGUCAUCCAGUCCACCUCCCUGCAAUGCAGUGUAUUUAUUUCAACAAUUUCAUAGAAUCAUAGAGUUGUAAGGGACUCUGAGGCUCAUCCAGCCCAGUGUUUCCCAAAGUGGAUGAUACCGCCCCCCUGGAGGGCACUGGGACGAUCGGGGUGGUGGUGGUAGUAGCCUCUGGAAGGCAGGUUUCCCACUUCAGUUUGUUCUGUUGUCCAAGAUAGCCAAAUUGUGAGCAACAGUAUUCUGAUACUGGGAUUCAUAACAUUGCAUGAAUCCUUCAUCAAAGUAAAUAUACACUCUCUAGAAAUGAGGCUAAUGAUAAGCUGGAAUAUUAUAGACAAAAGAGUUAAGUAAAUAUGGGGCUUAAAACAUCACUGUAAAUACAGAGUCAUAUUCUUGUUAAAAGGAACCGAGAAGUUGUAUUGAGGAAGUGUUUGAUAUAAAUAGCUGGGCAGUCUACAUUCACAUAUUUCACUCUAGCACCAGAACUCGUUUUUGAGGCAUGUUCCAGGGGAGAAAGGUUUUUAGUCCCAUAAUUAGUCAUAGUUAUAUCAUAGUGGGACGUGGGUGGCGCUGUGGUCUAAACCACUGAGCCUCUUGGGUUUGAAUCCCUGUGGCGAGGUGAGCUCCCAUUGCUCUGCAAGAUGAGCACUGCAACCCCAUAGUCGCCUUUAACUGGACAUAACUGUCCAGGGGUCCUUUACCUUUUUACCUUUCAUAAUUAUAUAAAUAUAAAAAGAUUUUCUUUUUUAUAUUUUAUGAUUCUUUGCAGUUCCCUGGAACUGGAACAGUGUUCUCUCCAAGUACUGGAGCCUGAAGGAAGUCCGAGCUGGAGUCUUCUUCAACUAAUGGGAGAGAGAGGUUGCACUGUGUUGGAGCUGACAGAAUUGCUGCAGGCCUUAGAACACACUGAGGCACUUCAGUGCCUCAGCCCGCCAAGUGAGUUUAUGGUUCUGCUAAAUCUGAGUUAUGUGUUAUGUUGAAAAUUUGGAAAGUGGCUUGGCUCUGCUGGUUCAGAACUUGGAAGGCUUCCAAAAUAUUGGAGGCUAAAAUCAUAACUGGGAGGGAAGGAAGGGAAAAUGGUCAGCUUUCUCCUCUCAUUUCCAGUUACCUGUCUUUUUUGGAGCUAUCAAAGUCCCUUCAGCUUUCUUCACCUGUUGGGAGGGAGACUUUAAAGGUCUACAUGUGCAGACUCAGAGUCAGGCUACUUUUAUGCUAAGUGCAACAUUUUCCAGACUGGUAGCCACUUUAGUCUCUUGCAGCAAGAACAAAUACAAAUACCUUGGUUUAUGAACUUAAUCCAUUCCGGAAGUCCGUUCUUAAACCGAAACCGUUCUUAAACCAAGGUGCGCUUUCCCUAAUGAGGCUUCCCGCUGCCGGUGCCCUUCCACCAUUUGGAAUCCAUUCUUAGACCGAGGUAAAAUUCUCAAAUCUGGACACUACUUCCUCUUUUGUGGAGUUCGUAAACCGAAUCAUUCAUAAACAGGACUGUUCUUAAACCGAGGUACCACUGCACUGGCAAAUAUAUUAUGGAAGAAGCUUUUGUGGACCACAGUCUACCUCACUAGAUUUAACAUAUGUAACCUGGCAAUCCAUGACCCAGUGUACUUAGGGUAUGCUAAAGACAAAAUAUAAAGCAGACUUUCAGAAGCCAGGGUUCUGAUGCAGUGAGCUGCCACACAGGCAAAUAAGUAUUUAGGAUGGGGUGGAAUGACAGCUAUACGAGUCGCAUGAAAAGUAAAGGUAACAGUAUUGGCCCAUAAGAAAAAUCCCAUGCAUAUCAGGGCAAUACGUUUGUCAGGCCAACCACAGUAUCAUGAAAUAGUGUGCAGGCUUUUGAAUUCUCCAGACCUCUUCAUCAUGCAAAACAAAAAUGGUAAAUAAGGCAGAGUGGGGGAGUUGACUGCUGGUAAAGCCAUGAGUCUGUGUCUUGAAAGAGUCUUAAUACAGAAUGUGGUAGGAAGUAGCAUGCAUGCAAUUAGGCUCUUUUAGUUGGCACCAUAUCAGUGUAGCAUCUUGCCUUAAGGUGUUGAGUUGGCCUUGUAUGCAGUGACAGCAGUGUGUACUGGACCUCUGGUGUGAGAAUCCAUCACCUUUACUGGAGGUACUGUAGAAACCCCUUGUUUUAGUCCAAGGCUGGUGCAGGAUGCAUGAUGGACAGAAGGACAUGGAACAUCUCUCAUGUGAAUUUUGGCUCCACAAAGCCGUCUUUCUCUCUCCCUCCCUUUUUAAUAAUAUAAUUAAUUAUAAUUAUAAUUUAUUACUUAGGGCUUUAAGGCCCCUCAAACUAUUGAGAUGUUAUUGCACCAACAUUUUUGGACUCAUUUAAGGUUUCUGUAUAAUUUACCAUUUAAACACCUAGUAUCAUAGAAAACACCUCCUUCUUGUAAAGUAACCAAUGCUAAGCUUUCUAAAUACAGUGGUACCUUGGGUUACAUACGCUUCAGGUUACAUACGCUUCAGGUUACAGACUCCGCUAACCCAGAAAUAGUGCUUCAGGUUAAGAACUUUGCUUCAGGACGAGAACAGAAAUCGUGCUCCAGCGGCACGGCAGCAGCAGGAGGCCCCAUUAGCUAAAGUGGUGCUUCAGGUUAAGAACAGUUUCAGGUUAAGUACGGACCUCCAGAACGAAUUAAGUACUUAACCCAAGGUACCACUGUAUUACCAGUUGAGUCUUAAAACAAGUUAAACAUUGUCACGUUAUCAGAAACCAGACAUUAAAAUCCGUUAUCAAUAACCAAACAAGAAAGAAAAAUAAAUAAAAAGUGGGUGGGGCAAAAUCGCUUCCUUUCUUCUGUUAGAUCACAUAAAGAAAAAUUUGCAAAACGUUGCCAUUCAUAAAAUUUCUUACUUUAUAUAUUUCUUGUUUCAAAUUAGUUGUUCUGUAUGCGACUUCACAUGCCUGUUUGGUAUCAUUUGUUUAUAUUUGGAAAUAGAGUCAGAUUAGAGGGGGGGAAUGUGUCUGUGUGUUUAGUAACACAAAAAAUCAAAUAGGAUGUACAGAUCAAUCAAAGGCAAAUAAAAAUCAAAGGCAAUCAAAGGCAAAUAAAAAGAAUAACUGUGAUUGUGAAUGAGUGAAGUACAGAGAUUGUUUACAUCUUCAUCUUCAAUAUUAAAAAGUAAAUAAAACCGAUGGGUCAGAAUUUACAUCUAAAUGAAAUCAGAUCAAAAGCCAUUUUAAAAGUAGAAUUGGUUGGGGAAGAGGGCAGUCUGAAACAUGAAGGCAAAUGCCCCCUCCAUAGCGAUGCGUGAAUCAUGAAUGGAAUUUUAUUUCACAACAGAAUAAGAUAGGUGUGCCAUGCUGGUUGAUUACUUUAGCUAUUGUCAGUUCAAGCUACUCUGUACAUCUGUGUAUACACAAAGGAUGGGGUUGCUUAUCAGCCACAGACCAUGAAGGUGAAUGUGGCUAUAAUGUUGCCACUUUGCAGUAGUGCUGAAUAAAAACAGGUACUCUCUGCUCCUUCUGAAAGUUCUCUAACAGCCAUCCCAUCAAAAUUCCAGGCAAAUGAGAAAUAUACUGCUUGCAUAUGUUGACAUUGUAACCUUGACUGUGUAGAGAGCAAAUUGAAUUUAAUGACCAUCUGCCAAUGCAAUGUAGAGGUCAAAGUCUUCAGUGUUGUGAUUUUAUUCACCUUUAUUGGCUUAAGGUCUUCGUUGGCGCUGUGGUCUAAACCACUGAGCCUCUUGAGCGUGCCGAUUGUAAGGUUGGCAGUUUGAAUACCUGUGAUGGGGUGAGUUCCCGAUGCUCUGUCCCAGCUUCUGCCAACCUAGCAGUUCGAAAGUGAACCAGUGCAAGUAGAUAAAUAGGUACCGCUAUGGCGGGAAGGUAAAUGGCCUUUCCGUGCACUCUGGUUUCCGUCACAGUGUUCCAUUGUGCCAGAAGUGCUUGCCACAUGACCCGGAAAGCUGUCUGUGGACAAAUGCUGGCUCUCUUGGCCUGAAGCAAUAUGAGUGCCACACCCCAUAGUUGCCUUUGACUGGACUUGGCCAUCCAGGGGUCCUUUACCUUUUACCUUACCUAAAAUAUGGACAGUGUUCUCAGAAUAUUUUAAUGGCAUGCAUAGAGAUAAGAACCUAGUUAACUACCCUCUAGCCGCGAUUCUUAAGUUCAAGCUAGCAUGGCACGGCUCAUAUGUCGUAUGAAUCCAUAGUGACUGUUUAACUGAAGUUUACUGCAAACAAGCAACAAAUAUGCAGCUUUAAAGUCUGUGAUUCUGGCCUAAUAAUAAUAAUAAUAAUAAUAAUAAUAAUAAAUUUUAUUUAUAUUCCGCCCUCCCCAGCCAAAGCUGGGCUCAGGGCGGCUAACAACAAUAAAACAGUACAAAAGUACAACACAACACAACACUCUAAAUCAUUCAUUAUAAAAUUAAUUCAAAUCAAGCCACUGGCAACCAUUGGGCCAGAGCUCCGCGAAGAUUGCCGAGGGAGGGGGUCAGGCUGUGCCCUGGCCAAAGGCCUGGUGGAACAGCUCUGUCUUGCAGGCCCUGCGGAAAGAUGUCAAGUCCCGCAGGGCCCUAGUCUCUUGUGACAGAGUGUUCCACCAGAUCAGAGCCACAGCCGAAAAAGCCCUGGCUCUAGUUGAGGCCAGCCUAACCUCUCUGUGGCCUGGGACCUUCAAGAUGUUUUUAUUUGAAGACCGUAAGUUUCUCUGUGGGACAUACCAGGAGAGGCGGUCCCGUAGGUACGAGGGUCCUAGGCCAUAUAGGGCUUUAAAGGUUAAAACCAGCACCUUAAACCUGAUCCUGUACUCCACCGGGAGCCAGUGCAGCUGGUAUAGCACCGGGUGAAUGUGAUCUCGCAGCGAAGACCCCGUAAGGAGUCUCACUGCAGCAUUCUGCACCCACUGGAGUUUCUGGGUCAGUCUCAAGGGCAGCCCCACGUAGAGUGAGUUACAAUAAUCCAGUCUGGAGGUGACUGUCGCGUGGAUCACAGUGGCUAGGUCAGGGUGAGAGAGGUAAGGAGCCAACUGCUUAGCUUGGCGGAGAUGGAAAAAUGCCGCCUUUGUUAUAGCUGCAGUCUGCGACUCCAUGGAAAGGGAGGUGUCGAAGAUUACACCCAAACUCUUGACGGAUGGUGCUGGCACUAAUUGCGCCCCCGCAAGAGAUGGGAGUUGCCCCCCCCAAUCCCAUAUCGUCCCGUCCCAGCCACAGGACCUCUGUCUUUGAAGGAUUUAGCUUCAACCGGCUCCCACGUAACCAUCCAGCCACAGCUUCCAAACAUCUGGUCAGUGUGUCUGGGGCCGAGUCAGGAUGGCCAUCCAUCAACAGAUAGAGUUGGGUGUCAUCAGCAUACUGAUGGCAACCCAGCCCAAAACUCCGGACAAGCUGGGCGAGGGGGCGCAUAAAGAUGUUGAAAAGCAUCGGGGAGAGUAUCGCACCCUGGGGCGCUCCACACACCAAGGAGUGGCACAAUGACAAUUCCCCCCCAAGCGCCACCUCUGUCCCCGACCAGAGAGAAACGAGCGCAGCCAUUGAAGGACUGUGCCCUGGAUCCCCACGUCGGCAAGGCGGUGGUCCAGGAGUUCGUGAUCGACCAUGUCGAAAGCUGCUGACAGAUCUAGAAGAAUCAGCAGCCCCGACCCGCCUCGAUCCAGCUGUCUACGAAGAUCAUCUGUUAGGGCAACCAGAGCCGUCUCGGUCCCAUGACCAGCGCGGAAGCCGGACUGGAAUGGAUCCAGAGCCGAUGUUUCAUCCAGAAACCCACCAAGCUGUUCAGCAACCGCUCUCUCAAUCACCUUACCCAGGAACGGAAGAUUCGAAACAUGAGAUGCUUGGGCUUGCUUUGUCAUCUGAACCCGGCCCUGUGGUUUGUUUCUCUCUAGAGAGAGUCCCAAGUCAAGUUUUGUUCUUGAUUUGCCACCCAUGGUUUGCUUGGGAGUACCAAACCUCCAGCUUGGGUUCGGCUGACACAAUGAUUUCAAAAGCCACUGAGAUGUCAAACAAAAGAAGUAACAGGACUUUAUUCUCAAAUUGUCUUGCAAACAAUUCACAAUUAGGUUAAUAUUAAACAUCAAGUGUAAAUUGUUUAAUCUUCCAUAUUAAACAUGGCUUGUCUUUUUUUUUUUUAACAGGUAUAAUGAUAGUUGUAGAACCAGAAUCUCAGGCUGUUCUAUCUGGCCAGACAGUGAAGCUAAGCUGCUGGGCAGCUGGUUAUCCACUUCUUCAUUAUCAGUGGUUCAAAGAAAGCAAAGCGGUAAAUCAACUUACGAGGAAGCUCUGGGAAUAACGGGAGUGUUGAUAAGUAAACUGUGAAGCAAAAUGGUCAUUAUUCUUAGCUGGUAAAUAAAACUGCCAGUAUCAUAAUGCCAUUCUGCAAACCAAUGGUGAGACCAUACUUGGAAUGUUGUGUACAGUUCUGGUUGCCUCACCUUUAAAAGGAUAUUGUAGAUCUAGAAAGGAUUCAGAAAAGGGCACCCAAAAUGGCCAGGGAAUUAGAGCAACUCGCCUAUAAACAUUUGGCCUUUUUCUUUUUGAAAAAGCGAGGUUUAUUCAAGUAGAAAUGGUGUGGAGAAAUUGGAAAUACUAGUACUCAUGGCCAUCCAAAGAGGCUGAAUAUUGGAAAAUCCAGGAUAGCCAAAAUAAAAUAAUUAAUUGCACAGUGCAUAAUCAAAACUAUGGCAUUUCCUGAACAGAAUGGAAUUCCCUCCCACAGGCUAUCAACUUGUAAGGCUUGAAAUUCUUGAUGAAUUCUUUGAGGAUAAGACUUUUUUAAAGCUAUGAUUGCUAUAUUCUGCCUCUGCUGGCUUGCUUCUGAAUGCCAGUUGCUGGAAUAACGUGGGGAGAGUGCUGUGGUCUUCAGGUCCCGCUACCUAUAGAGAUCUGGUUGGCCACUCGGUUAACAUAAUGUUGGACUACAUGGACCUUUGGCCUGAUCCAGCAUAGCUCCUUUAAUGUUCAUAUGUUAAGUUCAAACUAUAAUCAUCUUUGAUUAUAGUUCUUGUAUGAAAAAACAAGUACUAUUGUGCUUUAUCCUCCAUUGUUGCAAUUUGUGUUUUUGUAUUUUUGUUUCAGGUUCCACGUGGCAAUACCCAAGAACUGGUGCUCAACCAAGUAAGUGCAGAGGAUGCUGGUUUUUACAUAUGCCGAGUAAACAGUGACUAUACUUACCAGUUCAGCCAGUGGGCACAGCUCGAUGUCUGCGAAAUCCAAGGAGCUUGCCAUGGUGAGUUAAGAAACGUGUGUCGUACAAUAAAUGCAUUCUGCUGCGACGAUGAUGCUUUUGGGUCUUUGCGGCCAGUGGGUUAUGGCUGCUUACGUGUUACUGUUUUUUCUUCUCUUGGUAAUGAUUGUGAAGAAUGUCUCAGACCGGCGUAGAGCCACUGGUGAUGGAAUUUUCCUCCUGCUCUAUAGUUCCUGCUUCCAGAAAGUACAGGUGUUCCUGUCCGUUAUUCUCCAUGCCUCCGUCUUGAGAACAGGAUUGUUCCCCCCUCUUUUUUCUGCUUUGUUUCACUUUGCAGUCACUUCCUUUAAGUAGUAGAAUCAAAUGGAAAUGCUUUUCCUGAGGCUUACCACUUCACCUAUCAGGUGCAGAGGGUUAAUGUUUCCCCUCGGAUAAAUGCCCCACAUAAUGAAAAGUCACGAGUGUGGCCUUUGCCUGACAUCUUAGCUUUCUUUGUGGAGGGAGGUUUUUCCCCCUUAGGGAAGUAUUCAGACUUGCCACCACCUGCAGCCUCAGGUGAUUCAGUCUAUGAAAAGCAUAGCCAUUUGAUUCCACUGGCUGCAUAAAAGGGCCCCAAGUUACAAUUAAAGUAUAUGUUCAGAUCCCCUCCUGUCUCUUUUGGUCUUCCCUAAUCUAGGGCUUAUUGAGCUGCUCAGUCAAUGCAAGUCCCAAACUCAUUUUUGUGAUAUUUUGUGAUAAUCUCUGCAUGAUUUAUUGUUCUCCCCACCCCAGUCAGCCUCUGCUUGAGCAGGCAAGCACACAUACAAAUAGGACCAUAGCUCAGUGGUUGGGACAACCCAGCCAGAUGGGCGGGGUAUAAAAUUAUUAUUAUUACUAUUAGUGGUAGAGCACCUGCUUUGAAUGCAGAAGGUCCCAGAUUCAAUUUCUGGCAUCUCCAGGUAGGGCUGAAGAUGAGUCAAUAGUAUGAUACCAUGAUCUUCAUGGAAUGGUUGUGAGGCAUUGGGAAGAGAUAGUUCACCUCUGUCAAAAAAUGUAUUCAGUAUAGAUAUAUUCUCCCAAACUGAGAGGGGGAACGUGCAGGUUCAACCCCCCCCCAACAAAUCCCCACAGCCCUGAAAAACUACAAGUGAAACAUUCACAAAAUGAUGGUUUAUUGUGGAGAGGGGUACUUUUUACUACGGCUGCCACUCAGUUAAGGACUGGGUGAGUAUUCUUGCACUCAAUAAAAAGAGGAUAUUUAAAGCAGCUAUAGUGGAGUAGAUAGAGUUGUUACAGUCAGCAUUCAGUAGAUGAAUUUGACAAUUGCAGUAGCAGAGAGAAAUAAUUGCAUUUCCCCUCAACAAAACAUAGCCCACUGAGUGCAGGGGAAAUGUGAUACCUUGCAACAGAAGUACAAACUCGAGGGAGGAUGUCUAGACUUUGCACGCUGUAUUAUUUGUUAUUCUCAUAGGCUACCUUUUCUUUACGAAGCUCAAGAUGAUGGUGUAUUUCCUUCACAGCCUAUGAGAUAAGAUGGAGAGAGGGAGUUGCCUCAGACUACAUGGUGAAUUCUAUAGCCAAGUGGGGAUUUGAGGCGGAAUUUUCCAUUUCCAAAUGUUACAGACCUAGACACUGUGGGUGGUAUCCAGCUAAGUUUUAAUCAAAUUAGACCCACUGAGAUUAAUGGACAUAGCUUAGUCAUGUUCAUUAAUUAUAGUGGGUCUACUCUGAGUAAAGCAUAGCUGUACCACAAGGAAAACUAAGAGUAUAUUUAUUGCUCCAAAAACUGUCCCGAGAGGUCCUGAGAAUCAUGUUCUGUGAACUUGUUUCGGUUUCACUAAAAUUGCUUGAAUCAUCCACAGCCGUAAUGAGCAUUUUCUUCUGCAAGGUUCCCUUUUUCCACAGACACCAGACUACACUUCUGGUUUCAUAAGGUUAAGUUACUUCCCAGUACAUAGUACACUACCCUGGAAAAGUUAUGAUUAAUUAUGCCAAACUGUUCCGUAAUUCGUGAAAUUUUGAUGGCGUUCCCGGCAUCCAAAGGUCAAUGAGCCACCUUGAAACUGCACAGAGAAGAAUCUAUUAUAAAGCAGUACAUAAUUGUAAUUUUUGCAGAAAACUGCAGUAGUAUUUUGUGUGUAACAUUAUACCAGGGAAGUAUGCAUAUGAGGAACACAGUAAUAACUACAGUGCAAUUCCAAGGGAGCAGGCCAUGACCCUGGAAUGAGCCAUCCUACCCCAGCUGUUUAUAUUAUUGUCAUCACUCUCCUAGCACUAUUGUUUGUGCAAGAAAUGCUCUUCAGUCUUUUCUGACUACCUGAUUUUAAAAGAGGAUUUCGUAUUAUUGUCAAACUGUUUAUUAUUGUCAAACUGUUCUGACGUUACACUGAUUUUUGCAUUUAUGCAUGUUCAAAUGAACUACAGUUAAGAAAAAAUGGGAGUGCUAUGAGACUCCCCCAGGAGGAGAGUUCAGAUGCUAUACGUUUCUCUCUUUGAUUGAAAAAAAUUAAAUUUACAAUCUUUAUAGACCAUUUCUAUUAACAUUAGAUGUCCUUCUGAUAAUUUAAAUAGCUACAUUUCCAGGGGCUCAUUUGAAUUGAAAAGAAUGUCUCGAUGUCAUAUGGCAUUUAAUUUGUUCGGCUUUCUUAAUUUUUAUUAUUAUUAAUUGAAUUUAUAGCUGAAGGAGCCCAUAGAGACCAAAAGAUUUGCAGUCAAAACAUUUCCGUUACUUAGGAGGUCAGAGCAUGGCAAUUCCUCAAUCCUCCAUUUAAUUCUUUCUCCUGCCCCUAUUCUGUGUUCAACAUUUGUGUCAAGGCAUGAUUAGCUGUUAAGUGGGGUUUGUUAAGCUGCGUAUGCCACACUGAUUAAUUGGUAACAGUAGAAGAUUGGGAAAGAAGCAUGUGUGCAUACGGUUAAAAACACCUAAGAGAUAUGGAAAUAUUGUUCAUGUUAUUUGUGAAAAUCGCUUUAGUUGUGUGAUGGAUGAACUGACGUGGUAGUAGUGAAUAAGAGAAUGAUCAACAGGAAUGCCUCUGGGAAAGAACAAAUAAUUCCUUGGCUGGAACCCAGUUACCUGGCUGUUGGGCACCUCUUGGGGAAUUUUCUGUUUUGAAUAUUUCCUGUUUUGAAAUUAUUUGUAUCGUGUAUAUAACGGCUUCAAGAGAUGUCUCUAAAUAUAUCUCAUGAAGCCAUUACACGCACAAAGCACCUAGUAAAUUAUUUUGGUGUCUUCUAUGAAAGCAGCCUUGUAUACGUGCAGAGCACAUCAAUUGUUGGACCCCCUUGAACACAGUCUGCCUGCUCUUCGUGUCCUAUAAAAUGAGAGCAUCUGGAGCUGUAGGAAGACCAGAGAGUUUCAAUGCAUGCAGUACAUGAUGAUGUUGAACCUUUAAUCCAAAGCCCUUGACAGGUUAGGUGGCAACUGCAGCAUGUGUCUGGGUUGUCUAAACCUUUUAAUCCAUGCAUGCUGACACAUGAUUGAUUGACCACAACAACUGAGUUAAAAACUUCUGACAGACCUUUCUCUGCUUUAAUGGUACAAUGUGUGCACUCUGUAGUGCCACACAUUCAGUGCAUACCUAACAUCUUGCUAGCUUAUGUUUGUGCAUUAGAAAUAUUUGGCCACAGAAGCUUAGUUUUCGCUUCGUUUUGUUUUAAAUACACUUAGGAACAUGCAUUAAUUAAUUCCAGGUUGUUGUUGUUGUUAUUCAGUUAUUGCAUUUAUAGCCCACCUUUUUCUCCAAGGAGCUCAAGGUGGGCUUACAUGGUUCUCGUCCCAAUCAAGCACUUCUGAUACCACUCCCAUUCCUGGGUCUGAAGUGCAACUCCUUCAAUGUCCUCCUCUAGAAAUACACAAGCGACCUGUGAAGAAACAGGAAGACUGAUGCUAUUCCCUUACUGUCAGUGGCAUUGAGCUGUGUAGAAUGAGUCUGUGUGUGUGUGUGUUACGCAGAUUAUAUUUGGCAAUGCUUUAGCGUUAACAGGAAACAAAAUGCAGGAACUCAAUGUUUCUCAGAACGCCUUGGAGAAAGAGGAGGAUGUCACUAACUUGAAAUAACUUGCUGUGCAGCGUUCUGAUCUUUACUUUUAAAAAAAACCUUUUCAAUUAGCUUAUCUAUUAAGGCAAGAUAUUCAAUAGUUAAUGCAGUUCGAAACCUAGGCUGUUGCUUUUGCUCUGUAGGGUAGCAAGAGGACCCUUCCUCUGUCUGCUGAUUUCCUAUGUAAGCCUCCUCCCCGCUCCCCUUGAACCCACCCUCACAAUCUCUCUUCCACACUUGCUGUGGCAAAAUGGUUGUUGUCAGCAUCCAUCUGUCUCAAGAGACAAUGGAGUGUGUCUCCAGGGGUGAAGUCAAGCCGCUGUGUUAGCAGCAGCAAAGUGACCUCCUCAGGGUGCAAGCCUGGGCAGUGUGCAUUUAUAUCCUACCCUUCCUCCGAGGGUGGCAAAUGCACAAAAAAAGUUAUAACUGUGUGAUUAAAAAACAAAAUAUAUUUUAAACAGUUAAAAGCAUCUUUAAAAAUGUGCUUUAGAAAAGCAACUAGGAAGGGGCAAGUGGCUGUGCAAGGUGGUGAGCAUGGAAGCAAUGAAACAAUCCUCUUGCUUCUUCUCCUUCACAAAUUUUGCAGCUCCCCUUUCUUGGGUCUGCUGCUAAAAAGAGGUAGUGCAUGUUCCAAAUCUGUUUACUAUCAAACUGUGAACGUUGUUGUAUUUUUAAAUUGCUUUUAUAUAAGCAAGAGGGUUUUUUAUUAUAGAAAGUUGUAUAUUUUUACCAUCUGUUUUUACCAUCAGCUGCUAAAGAAUCUCAAAUUCCCUUUCUUAAUCUUUCAUUUAAGGAAACUGUCCGGAUUUACCUGAAAAGAAAAUACAUAUUUACAUCCAUCCACAGUGCCAAAACCUGCUAGUAGGGGAAACAUUGAGUCUUCAGUGCGGAGCUAUAGGAAUCCCUAUGCCACAAUAUCAGUGGUACAGAAAUGGAACUCCACUGCCUAAUGGUGAUAAAAAGGUCUAUACGGUGAGUCUUAACUCUUUUGCCUUUGUUUGUUUGUUAGAGUUAUUGCCAUAAGUAAUAUUUCCAGCAUGGCAGGCAGGAGUUACACAGCAAAUACUGUAGCUAUAUACGCAAUACUAUUACCAUAAAACUAAAAGCAUUAAAAUCAGAAAAAAAUCCAACAGCAGCUAUCCACAUCGCAGGACCUGAUAAAUUCAGGUAUUUCCAAAUGCUUGCAGAAAAAGAUGAGUAUUGGGAGGGGGGCAGUGUUCAGAGUUGUUGAGCUUUUUUUGGGGGGGGGGGGAGAAUUGCCCUGAAUCGCUCAUACAACAAUAUGUCAUCCUCCCUACUUCAAACACUCUGCCACUGCGGAAUGGGGGGAAAAAAAUUCAAAGCGGUGACGGUGGCAAUGGGACAUAGCGCCAGGGGUGGGGCGCAGAUCGAUCAAUCAGGAGCACGCAGGCGAUCACUUUUUUUUAAUACCGCGAUCGACAUGGAGCGCCAACACAAUCUACCUGUCGAUCACGGUCGACGGUUUGAACAUGUCUGGUCUACGCAACCAGUGAGGGAAGCUGAAUCUCCUGGAGGCGGACAUUCCGUAGCUGGGAUGCCACAACCGAGAAGGCCCUGUGAAACCAGCAGGGUCCCCUUUACAGACUAAUUGCCAAGAUGGCAUCGAACCUAGUAGCACACCGUCAGCCAGUACAGUUUGCACAGAAUGAGUUUUAUGUGAUUCUGGUAAGACAAAUCACUUAAUACACUAGCAGCUGCAUCCUGCACCAGCUGCAAGCGCCAGGCCAUUUUCAAGGGCAGCCCCUUGUGGAACAUUUUACUAAUUGACAAUGAAUCAUGUGGUAGGUGCUUGUCUCCUGGCCAUUUUGAGGACAGUGGAUGCAAGUGAGGGGACAUUUUGGGUGAUGGCUGCUUGUUUGUGGAGCUCGCUUCCCUGAGAGGUCCUUCAGCUGCUUUCUGGUUGCCUUUUAGCUGGGACCAGCAUGUUUUUAUGUCGGUCUGCUUUUAUUAUGAGAUAUAUUUUAUUGUUGUUAGGAUUGCUUUUAAUGGCUGUAAGCGAGGGUUUAUGUGGGAUGGCUGGUUCGGAAUAUAAUAGUUUUACUACUCUUUCCAUUUUAAUAUUUUUAAUUGUACAUUUUAAUGCUUUGUUUUUAAAAUGUCUUUUCCAUUUUUUCUGUACUCUGCUUUAUAAAAAAAUACAUCUGGAAAGGUGGUCUGGAAAAUAAAUAAUAAAUAAAUCAGUGUUAUCCAAUUUAAAUUAAAAGCCGCCUGGAAAUAAAUACUUUUUAAAGCAUGAUCUUGAAAUUCUAUAUAUAAAUGAAGAUGUUCUUUAACUUCCUAGUGCUCUUGUCAUUAGCAUGCUGAUAAUAUCUGCUUGAAUCUCUUUGGAGUACUGAACUCUGAAGCGAGUUUAAUUGCAUGUAUCCUAUUUCCUAAGGUAUUAACUGGGUGGGUAGAGGCAGCACACAAGGUCUUUAAUAGUUCAUCGUUACUUCAAAUUUCAUGUAGAGCUAGAUGCAAUCCUCCAACGCAGUGACCUAUGCAAAUAUAUCAUUAGUUUCAUGUAAUGUUGGUAACAGAUUUGUUCUUGGACACUAAAGUCUUAUUUUAGAAAACUCUUCUCUCCCUCUUAAAAUUCAUAUAAGAUGUAGAUUUCCCCCACCCCUUUGCACCCCUGUAGUAGACUUAAGACAGCCCACUUAUUAGGACAGGUCAUGAAAGGAGGAUUCAAAAUCUGCAGAUCUGAAUCACCUCCCCACAAGAUAGCAAAACUUGUUGGUUGGUUGGUUUUUUUAAAAAACUUGCAAAAAAUAACAUAGAACAUGUGCCAGUUGUCUGUGUUAAGGGAUAAAACAAAGGUUUGCCACCUCAGUGCUUAGGUUUCACAGCAGAUGAUUUGGGACGUCUAAGCACAGUCUUCUAGAGUUUUUGGGUAUACAAUUUUUUUGUUAAGUCUUGAUCUUAGUACUGAUGGAAUUAUUGAGAAUGCAGUUUAAGUAUAUCCUACCAGAUAUCCUUCUAGGUCUCCUGCAUAGACACCGAACACCAAGGUACAUAUUGGUGCCGUGUAUACAACAACCAAGACAAUCAAGAAAGCAGGAAGAUAAAAGUCAUUGUAGGUAAGAAACUUCUUUAUUGGGUGUAAUAAACAGAAUCUGGCGUUGAAUGCUCAUUAGUGAGCCUACUCAGUGACAAACUUUGCUGCCUCCGUUGCAUCCAUACUUUACUGUCCAGCUUUUCCUUGUAGAAUGGGGUCUUUUACAUUCUGGCCUGAAAAAAGGUGAUAGAACCAACGGUGGCUCACCUCUGCUUGUUUGCAAAGCAUUUUGAGGAUAAAAUCGCUUUCAUCUCCUGGGGCCUUGACUCCACUGUUUCAUAUAUUUCUUUAUUUAUAAAAAAAUACAUACUGCUAUUGAUUUUUAAAAAAUCAGAGUGCUUUACAACAUAAGAAUGACCUCCUGGAUAAGGCCCAUGACCCAACUAGUCCAGCAUCCUAUUCUCACAGUUGUCAGCUGGUAACAACAAUUGUAUGUAAAACCAUACAAUAAAAGAGAAGAAGAAGAAGAGUUUGGAUUUGAUAUCCUGCCUUUCACUCCCUUUUAAGGAGUCUCAAAGCGGCUAACAUUCUCCUUUCCCUUCCUCCCCCACAACAAACACUCUGUGAGGUGAGUGGGGCUGAGAGACUUCAAAGAAGCGUGACUGGCCCAAGGUCACCCAGCAGCUGCAUGUGGAGGAGCGGAGACGCGAACCCGGUUCCCCAGAUUACGAGACUACCGCUCUUAACCACUACACCACACUGGCUCUCAAAGCUACAUAUAUAUAUAUAGAGAGAGAGAGAGUGUGUUAAAAUAAGAAACCGGCUAGCUAUUGUUGGCAGACGUUCUCUUAACGCCCGCAUAAGCCAACAGAAUAUUAAAGUUUUCCGCAGGUGUUUAGAAGUUCAAUGGAACCUGCUGGAACUCAAAUGAUAGAGUAUUCCACAGUCCUGGGGCAUGACCCUAAAGGCUUGGUUUCUUCUUGUCAGAUGAGCCUCACCAACUCAGGGAACAAUCGAUGCUGGAAUGUAAAGGUUCAGGUACCCUGGACGUAAGCUGUUCAGGGCUUUGUAAAUUAUCACAAGGACCUUGAAUCUGAUUUGGUAAUAGAUGGGCAGCCAGUGCAGAUGCUUUAACAAUGGUGUCACAUGUUGCUCUGUUGUGUUGGAUGAGCUUCAGUUAGUAAGACCACUCCUUAACAAAUUCGCCCUAGAUUCAGAAAAUCUAAGUCUAGUUUCCAGGCUCAGUUCAAAGUGCUGGCUUUGACCUAUAAAGCCUGAUACCCCAAGGACCGCUCUCCCCACAGGAACUGAACCAGACCCUGUAAUCAUUAUCUGAUGCCCUUCUUCAUGUGUCCCCUCUGCAUGAGGCCUGGAGGAUGGCAACAUGAGAAUGGGCCUUUCAGUGGUGGCUCCCUACUUGUGGAGUGCUCUCCCUGGGGAGGCACACCUGGCACCAUCUUUAAUUUUAGAUGCCAAGCAAAAUCUUUCUCUUUAAUCUGGGCUUUUGGCCCUUGAUUUGAAGGGUUUCAGUUAUUUGCAGCUUCUUUUAAUGGGGCAGGACCUGUAACACAUGGGCUUUAUCUGCAUAGUUGUAUUUUUAGGUUUUAUUGCUUUUGGAGGGUUAUACUUUGCUUUAGUGCUCGUAUUGUGUUUAUAAAUCACUUUGGGUCACUUUUUCGAGGAAAGCAGCUAAUAAUAAUACAGUUCAGUACAUAAACAUUAAGAACUACUAAUGAGAAGUUGGAUCACAUAUGAUUCGCAUAACACUUUUUUUCUGGGACAUGCUGUGAUACGCUGUGUACAUCUCAAAACUUGACCCAAAGAAAAUUAACAUAUGAAACCUUUCAGGCUCAACCUCUUGAUGCUGAACACCACCAUAGCAGCCACUCUUGCAAUUAUAAUAAGGAUUUUUGGUAUGACCCUCUUUCACUUACACAAGUUUAUGACCUUGUCUGAAUUGCUUAACCUCUGUGUUCCUCCAAGCUUACUCAUUUCUGAAAUAGUUAGACUUGCCAGCAGCAUCAUGUGCAUAUGAGAAACUUGACGCUUCAGAUUAGCAGAUAGGAUCUCUACAUCACUUAUCAAGUUUCUAAGUCUGCUACCCAUUACUGUAUAACAAAAGUUAAUUUGAGUUCCUAAGACUUGUUCACAUUCAUGAAAAGUGUGUAUGUGAUUGGUGCCAUAAUCCCUUCAUGCUGUUUUGAGUAGUCAAGUCGGGACAGCCUAAAAAACUAAUGUGCAGUUCACUGAAUUAAAACAAUUUUCCUCAUUUUUGCUUUCAUUUAAUGUUAACCACAAAAGGAGGCUUAUAAUUCAGUGCAUUAUGUGUCUGUAUAUACUGUGCAGGCACAAUCAACAUAGGAUUUGACUUAGGAGGUGACAUUAAGUGGUUAUGAACAAGAACUUUAGUUCAAGAUUGAUCAUAUGGAUGCAAGUUUUUUAUACGUCGUAUGUUGUAACUUGCUGUCUGGCUGUGCAAUAGAGAAUGUAGCAUCUGCUACAGAGUGGAGGUUGGGGUUUUUCUCCUCUGCAACGUAUGUCUUGGCUGUUUUACUUACUUACUUGUGAGAAGGUGAUACAUAAAUAUUUUUUAAAAUAAAUACAGUGGUACCUCGGUUUACGAACUUAAUCCAUUCUGGAAGUCCAUUCUUAAACCAAAACCGUUCUUAAACCGAGGUGCGCUUUCCCUAAUGAGGCCUCCCGCUGCCGGUGCCCUUCCACCAUUCAGUUUCCGUUCUUAGACUGAGGUAAAGUUGCUGGGGCUGACCUGCGUUGGAAUCCAAGACCAUGGGGGGGGGGCUGUUCCCCAGGUCUGAUGUACAUGUGCUUGUUCUUUUGAUUUCUUUCUAUUUGUGGCAUGCUGUGAUCUCAACAGGAUUAUCUGUAGGGUACUAUUGGAUGGCUUGUUUGCCCUUGGACUGGAGGUUUUUGAGCACAUUUUGGAAGUGAUUAGUUACAUGAUUCCAUGCAGGAUUAAUUUGGCAGCAUGUUGUCUUGUGUAUAUCAACACAAGGUUCAAAAUUAUGUAUAGUAGCAGCCGAACAGAACGAUUGCCUUAACGCUACAUUGGAUUCUACAUUUUCUUUAUAAAACAUGAUUGUCAUAAAUGCAAUCAAGAACUUCAUUUCAGUAUUCUUCUUUUUUCCUUAAAUCUCAAGGUGGAAAAUCUAUUGCAGUAGAAUGCUCUGAAGGUAAACUCAGCCAAAUGUUGUAGAGCUUAUUGAUGAAUUCUGUAUGCUGGGAAUUCAGGAGAUUAUGGGAUCUAUCGCUAAAAUAGAAUUGUGCACUGUAUUGGACCAUAAUGCUAAAUACAGAGCUGAUGUAACAUAAUCUCAUAUUUAUGCAUGAGCUUCUCAUUUCUACCUUACAACUUCCACUGCAUAUUUUUUUCUUUCACUCUGAAGGUGGAGUUGCUUUAUCUGUUUAUCAUGUUAAAGGGAUCAUCAUGAAAUGUUAUCAGUAAACAUUACUUUCCUUCCAUCUCUGACUUUGUUAGAUGUAGCAAAUCCUGCUCUUGAAUCUCUGUUAACAUGCUUCUCAAAUACAUAUUUGUUACAGUUUUCUAUUUUCUUUUUCAGAGGACUUAAGUGGCCUUGGAGGGCCUGGUAAGUAAAACAUACUUUUUAAUUGUGCAUAAGUAAAAACAUAAAACAAUCAAAAGGACUUAAAAGCUAAAGAGCACAAGACCAAACAACCAAAUUUAGAUUUGAGUUUGUCAUUUCAAGACCACCUGUUCACGUGCAUGUCAGCCAUAGUUUGUUCAUUCAUAAGCCCUUCUAGAAUAUAGUUGGGAAAGGUGGUAUAAAACUGAAUCUGUCUCAUUGCUUGAGUUAGCAUGGAGUUAAUGAUGUAGCUUUGAAUGGCCUAAUAUCAAAUAGGUACGAUGACACCCAUCAGGUGUUUGGUAAAUCUGUGGUAUCAAAUAAUGACUCCAUUAGGGAUUGUGCCAAGCAUUUUGUUCCCCAAAAGGUCAUGUCAAUCCUUCUCUGGCUAAAGGAGCACAUGUCUGCUUUUUGCCAAGCACUACUGUAGAUUCCAAAAUACUCCAUCACAUUAUAUAUUUGGUGGGUUACGUGCAUAGGAAUGGAAUCAUUAGGAAUUAUACACUGCUUGCAUAGAAUAUUUUCUGUGCCUUGAUACUGCAAGCAGUGCAGUAGUAGUAAAACAUCCUUUUAUAUAGCAUGGAGACAAGGGUUGGUUAUCUCGCAUCUUUGUGUAGUUUACACCAACAGAGGCCUACUCUCCCAUCUCCCCCAAGCAGAAUCCCCCUGUCUGUCACCAGUGCUAUAUUGCAAAUUUAUAUCUUGCAACAUGGUUGAACAUAAGAGGAUUGAAUGGUGAUGUACUGCAUGUUUUCAGGAUUGUAGCCUGGGAUUGUAGCCUGUUUGGUUUUAAAUUGUACUAGAAAUUAGAAUACGUGAAAAUUCUGUGAACCACCCUGAGAUCUUCAGAUGAAGGGGGGUUUACAAAUGUAAUCAAUAGAAUUAAAAAAUAUACAAACCACAUUGUGAAUGAGAAAAAUGACGCAAACAUAUUUAAAAUGUAAACAACAUGUAGGACCCAAGCUGAAGAACGUUUUCAUUUGCAAAAUAUGUUGACAACAGAGUGAACCUUUUCAUUCAUUAUUUUUUUAACAGAUCUUAAAGAACCGUUGUCUGAAAGGCAAUUUGGUGAGUAAUUAAAUUCUUCUUUAGAAACAUGGCUAUAAUCUAGAGCAGCCUUCCCCAGUCUGGUGCUUGCCAGAUGUUUUGGACUAUAACUCCCAUAAUAUCUAACUCUGGCCAUGCUGGAUGGCUGAUCUAGAGAGGACUAGAUUGGGGGAGGCUGAUCUCUCAGUUUUCAGUACUUUGUACUCCAUUUGGGUAACACUUCCACUUUUUUAUUUGAAAGAAAAGAUUUACUUGGGAUAGAACGUUUUGUGAACCAAAAAAGAAAAAAUUCUGUGUGCUGUAAUAUUUCUUCUUGAAUUCCCCUUUAGUACUGAGUAGGUGGUACAAAAAAACCUCCCAGACCUUCAUGUUUAAUCAAUAUCUGUUGUACUCUAACUAAAAUCUAUUAGCAUUGUUUGGUUUUUGUGGUAGUACAUGAAGCAUUAGGUCCUCUGUGCUUUGGAUUGCACACACCCAUUUUGCACUCGUAUGUGGGAGCUUGCUUAAUAGUAGUAAAUUCUUCUCCACAGAUGUUAUUAAAUGACCAGUUAAAAUAGUGUUGCCCCGCUGAGAAAUACAUGUGGGUCUUUUGUUGAUGCUUUCAUAAUUCUUUGAAAAUUGGGAGAAAAAGACCUGUAAAAUUGUGAGGAGUCUGAAAUUGGGCUUAAAUACAUCAGUGGGUUUUCACGGCUUUGUUUUAAUUGUAGAGCUUCUAAUGGCUAAAUUAAGCAAUGUCUCUUCAGUUUCUUUGCAGGCAAGGUUAAUUUCUUGCUUCGUUGCCCAACGUGAGAUUUGGCUUCCUGUCGAGGGUGUUUGAACCCCUCCUGGGAAAGUUUCUACUGGAAUUAGAUUGUUUUCUUGGCAUAGAACUUUCUCGAUAAAAGAGAUUAAAGUAUAGACCUGUACAACAAAAGGUCAGCUCAUUCUGUUAGCACAGCAAAAUGCAAACCAUUUGCGUGACGACAGCAUUUCCAUGCUGCAUGAGAAAGGUCAUUGCGGUGGGGAAGUAUAUUACGCUUGCUGCUGGACUGCUCCAGUUAAGCUGUACAAAUUUAUCUCUUGUGAUGGAAUGAAGUUGCCUAGACUUGCUGCUACUGAUUGAGUAUUAGUACCUCAUCAGAUUUUCUGGGCAUUGGUUCUGCAGGCACCAUCCAGCAGCAACCGACCUGCUGGGCACCCAGAUAGCAUUGAUUGACAUUUUCAGUAUUGGACAAGGCAUUUAGGGCUCAUCUAUGCUUAACUUUUGCCCCAUGCUUUCUGGUCACAGGUACGUGCUUUAAAGCUCUGUAUUCAAGCUCUCUUUUUUUGGUCCUGGAACUUUCCCCACGGAAACAUGCUCUUUAAUGCUGCACACAGAUUACUCCUUGCUUAUUCCACAGUCUAACCGUUUAUGCAUCACUUCAGGGUAGUAAGGGUAUGUACCAUAUCCAAUGAGGUUAAUCCAAAGCGUGAUUGUUGCUGAAUCCAUAGAUUGUCGUUUGCUCCAGUUCAGCAGUAAGGAGCUUGAUUUUGCACAGAAAGCUCUGGGGCCAAGAAAAGUGUGGACUUGUGCCUAGAAGUGUAGCACAAAAGGAUAAGCCUGCCUUUGAUCUGGAAGAAAGGUGACCAGAAUGACUGCAGGGCAACUGUGUUCCCUUCCCUCUCCUUUGCCCCCCACCCCUUAAGCUCUGAUCAAAGAUGAUAGCUGCGUGGUGGGGAGAGACAGCUGUUGUAAUUACAUGGUUUAGGGGCAGGGAGAGAGAACACUAGGACACUGUGGGGAAAAUGUUCCAACCUACUCUCCUCUAGUUUACGAAAGAUAACUCUCUCCCCCUUUGUGCACUCUUCACCCAGAGACAUAUUUAUGGGAGGACAAGUGGGGCAAAUGUCCAGGGUGGUGUUUUAAGGGGUGGCGUUUUUCAACACUAGCAGGACUCUAAGCUUUCAUUUAAGAAAAGAAAGUAAGUUCACAAGCCUACAUGUUAGCUGCUAUCCCCUGUCCCCCUGCAACUUUUGUGAAAUGAGCUAGCCUAACUUGACUGCCCUACGCCACUGACAAACAGUGAAGUCAGAGCUGUGAGUUGAAGGCCUUUGUGCAGGAGAGAAAGUGGAGCAGCCACAGUUAAAUAGUUUCUCAGCAGCGGUGGGCUCAAAUCUCUUCUUCCCAGGGGCAGUAGACUCUACAAAUACACCUCUGCCUCCACCACAAAUGGUAGAGUUACGUAUGACAGAGGGGGAGAAUAAGUAGACCAGUAUACCACCAUCUAGCGCAGAGAUGGAACAUAGGUAAUGCACAGGCUGUGCACAGAACCAUGGUUCCAUUGGUGAUUUCCCUCUUCGGCGCAUCAGAAAAAUGAUAUAUGGGACAGAAAUUGCAUGUCAAGAUUUUCUGUUCCUUUCAGAGGUAGUACUGUAGGAAACUGCAUCAUCUUACUGGUAAAGGUUUAUAUGGAAUAGAUGCAGGUUUUGAAUGGUAUAGGAUCAGGUCAGUGCACUGGAAUCUACUCUACUGAAUGUCUGCCAACAUAGCUAAGAAAACUGAAUUUGAAAACACAAGGGCUUUAUACUUCCUAGGCAAAGUGGAGCUUAGAAUUUGGAGUUUGUGUUCUAAGUUUCAGGAAGCAAGGAAAGAACAAAUGCAUAAUGUAUUCAGCUAACUUUUACUCAGAAUUUAAUGGCCAUAACUAAUUAGGUCAAUUGAUUUUAAUAGGCAUACUUUGACUAAAAGUUAGUUUUGAAUUCUCAAAUUGAAGCAAUUAUUUUUGCUGUCUUCUGCUUAUAAGAAGACAGGCAGUCUGCAGAUUGUUUCACUAAUUUACAGUUUCUCUUGGGAUAAGAACAGCUCAAAGAUACUUUGCUGUCAGUGUAAAUAGACCUGUAUUAAUGACUCUGUGUUGUACCAACCCAUUAAACAAGUGGUCAUUGAAACCUUGAGAGUGUGCAGUCAUUUGUAACUGUCUCUCUAAAAUGGCUUUCAUUGUGAUAGAGCUUGGCAGAUUGUAUUUCAUCUAUAAAUGAUCUGUUUAUUUCUAAAGCUACAAGUAUAAACAGUAAAUUAAGUCCAAGUUAAAGAGAUCAGCUCAUGAUAGUUCCAGGAAAGCUGUCAAAUCUUCUUAUGAUAAAUAAAGUAUGUGGUUCUUUUAAAAAUCAUUUAUUUCAAACUGACUAGAUAAAUAUACAGUGUUAAGGGAGCUAUCCAUACCUAAUAUUCUCAGUUCUGAUAACUUGGCAAACCAUGGUAGAAUAUGCUUAACAGUGGUGUCGUGUGCUGUCUCAAUUGGUACACCAUGGUUUGUGAUUUGCCAAACCAUGAUUUGAAGUGGGUUGUAAACUACAGAUUGUGCUACCUAUGCUAUGGCAUAGUGUCUGAAUUGACAAUUCAUUGCUUCACCUCCUGGAGCCAUUACACCUAAAGAGUGCUAAGCACAUUUAAAUCAUGGUUUGCCUAUACACUUGGAAGUUCAAGCCAUGAUUUGGGUAAUAAACUAUGGUUAGCAGAAGCAGUGACUAUGGUGACUUAGUUUAGACUCCUUGCCCUCCACCACUCUGGAAUAUCUCAUUAUAGGACAUAACAAACCCUUUCAACCUGGGGAGUACUCAACGUGUAAGAGAUGAUAAUAAUAUUGACUGUGGAGCAUCCUGUGGCCCAACUCUGAAAAUGCUGUCCUACAAAAGUCCUGUCAUGUUUUUUGCUUUUGCUUUUGCAGCGGUAGACAAAGUAGCGCUGCUGAUGGGAAACAUGAGCUAUUAUAAUCAUCCUAAGCUCAAGGCUCCGUUAGUGGAUGUUUAUGAGCUGACCAACUUGCUGAGGCAACUGGACUUCAAAGUGGUUUCUUUGCUGGAUCUUACUGAACCUGAGAUGCGGAAUGCGGUAGAUGAGUUCUUAUUGCUGCUAGACAAAGGAGUAUACGGUAAGAACUAGUAGCAUGACAGCCUGUCAAAUUGAUUGUCAGAAUGUACCUUUUAAAUAUUUCCAUUUCCAAAUUACCUUGUCCUAUGCUCUUAGUAGACCCAGGCCCCUCAUAUAUUAUGUAACCAUUAUAUAGUUUUUGGUGCCUGAAAAACUGGAAAAUUCAACAUCCAUUAAUUUGAGAUACGCUCCAAGAUAGAUAGAUAGCUCGGGCUUCCCCCGCCCCAGCCCCGCGCCUGGGGGAAAAUAAUUUUUUCCCCCUUUAUUUCCCCCCCCCAAAAAACUAGGUGCGCCUUAUGGGAUGGUGCGUCCUAUAGGGCGAAAAAUACGGUAAUUUCUAUCCUACCCUUCUUUCCAAAGCAGCCCAUACUGAGAAUUUCUUAUUGAUUAGAUGGCUGACGCUUGUCUCAUUUUGUGCUGGCUGGACUGACAUUCAGAAUGCCUUCCACCCUUUAUAGGCCUGAGCCAAAGGGUCACAAUGACAGGAAGAUUUAUUGGAGCAGCAAAAGUGUCCGCAGACUUUCUGACGGCAGCAUACUUUCCCAUUCCCUUUUUUUAGUGCUAGCUUGUCGGGCACCUUUGGGUCAGUUUCAGCUAUAGAUUUACUGCUGGGCACUGAUGACGUCUCGAAUCACAAACUACACCAAAAUAUGUUGACUUCAACUUUCUCUUUUAUUGAUGUCUUUUUCCAUUGUAGCAAAAUAUUUUAAGAGUUCCAGAAGAUAGCACAGCACAAUCUGAACACUCUUUCCACAUCUAAAAUUCUACACACCCAUCUAAACCACGUACACUAGGGCUGGGCGAUAACUGGUUUUCAAUAUUGUGAUAUAUCACCAGCUGAAUAUCACAAUAUAUUGAUAUAUCACAAUAUUUGAAAUAAGGAAGGAACUACUACACAGAGGCGAACAGAACAAUGUCUUGGCAACUGCUACUACUUAAGGGUCUAAAAUGGAUAAAUGAUAUUAUCAAUCACCUCAUAUUCACUUUAAGCAGCAGGCAAACCAAAAUGCAUCCAAAUGAGACUUUUGUUUUUGGAUUUGGCUACCAAAUGGUGGUAGUCAGGACAAUCCAAAGUGCGGUGAUGAGUCACAGUGAAUACAAAUAAUCUGGGACUGCCAGCAGGCCUACUAGGCAGCAGUGGCAGUGGCAGAAUCGAUGAUGGCGGGGGAGAGGUAGAAGCAGCGGCAGCCUGGCAUCAGUGGCACAAUAAUCAGCGGCCUGUGAGGCCUUGCCAUGACAGUUGUUGGCAGCAGAAGCAGCAGCAGCCUGCAAGGCCUUGUCAUGGUGGGGUCAGUAAUGGUGGCCUGCAAGGCCUUGCAGCCGUGGCAAAAGCAGCAACGGCCUACAAGGCCUUGUCAUGGCAGUGGCAGUAGUGGUGGCCUUGCGGUGCGGCAGGAAACAGUGGCAGAAGCAGAGGUUGCCCGCAAGACCUCGCUGAGGCAGGCUGCCACAGCUUUUGCCAUCACCUCCCACUACCGCCAGGAGGACUUGCAGGCUGCCACUACUUCUUGCCACCAUGGCGAGGCCUUGCAAGCUCCCCUGCUUGUGUCGCCAUGAGGCCUCGCCGGCUGCCACUACUAUUGCCGCCACCUCCUGCCAUCACCACGACGCCUCACAGGCCGCUGCCGCUACUGCCACAAUCUUGACAGCAUACAGGUUUUUUUCUCUUUUUGUUCACAAAACUUUCUAUCCCAAGUACAUCUUUUCUUUCAAAUAAAAAAGUGCAAGUGUUAACCAAAUGGAGUACAAAGUACUGAAAAGUAAUUAGCUCAAAAUAGUGAGCUUUCUGAUGGUCUGUCUUAAUGCAUGCUUGGUGGAAUACCCAGCUUUACACAUAUUUCAUCAGUGUUGAAACAAAUGCACUGGCUAUUAGCUACUAAAGUUGUUGACAUUUGAAACCUUAGGCAACUUCCAACCAGGAUACCCAUGAAGCGCCCUGCUGGAUCUGGCCAAAGCCCAUCCAGUUGAGCCUUCUCACAAUGGCUAACCAGAUGCCUAUGGGAAGCCCAUAAAUAGGACCUGAGAGCAACACCUUUUCCCUAUUUGCAGUUCUCAGCAGACCACCACUUCCCCUGGUAAAGGGAGCGCCCACCUUCUGGAAUGCCCUCCCCUGGGGGGCACUCAAGGAAGGUAGACAGUAGUAACCUUUAAACACCUUCUUAAAUCACACAUGUUUACUCAAGCUUUCCUGGAUUCUUGACUGAAUUAAUUUUAAUUAUCUGUUUGUACACCACUUAGUUUUGUGUGUGAUAUAUAGUUUAGUGUUGUUUUUGCCUUGUUUCCCCAAACUAGUUUUAAGGAAAUUUUACUUGUAUUUUAUUCUUGUAUUUCUUUUGUUUUUAUUUAACCCAGUUCUCUGUGUGUUUUUAACACUUUUGCACUCAGCUCCUGGUCUGUGUUUUAACAGUGGGGAUGAUGCUCGUUCACUGUGCCAGAAUGCCCUAGUUUUGCUUUUAUAGCCCAAAGUAGGUCUGGUUCUUAGUUCAUUACAGUUUUUGAGUAGUGAACAAAAAGAGAAUUGCCUCGAAGAUUCGUUCUUUCCAGCUUCAUUGAUACUAUUCUAUCUUUUUUCACAUGAUUGGAUGCUUCCUGUAUUGGUUUUUUGCAUUUUUGAGUAGUGUCCUUUGAAUGUUUGUGGAACAUGAAAUAAUGCUUUAUUGCAGGGGUUGGACUAGAUGAGCCUCCGGGGUCCCUUUGAACUUUACAAUUCCAUGACUCUGAUUGGAUAGGUAGAGAACCUGUGGCCCUCUAGCUGGACCACAACUCCCGUUAGUCCUGAGCAUUGGCCAUGCUAGCUGGAGCUGAUGGGAGUUGUACUUCGACAACAUCUCAAGGAACAUAGGUUCCCUACCCCAAAUUUUCUGCAUUUUGGUGGGCUUACCUCCAUACCCAGAAGGACUUGUGCUCACCAUGAUAUUACAUCACCUGGUUACUCGCAGAAAAGUGUCAUUUGCAAUGCAAAGUGCAAAACAUAAAUUCGCAGCUGCUGCUUUCCUCACUUCAGUGUGUUGUAUAGUAAAAAUGUGCCACUAUCUGAGUAUUGCAGUGCACAAGGCUGUUGCUCACCUCAUUCCAAGAAUGGGGAGAUUGGAGUACAUUCAGCAUCUGCUUGCAGUAAAUCCACUGCCCCACUUAUGGCAAGUGUGAUUUUAAGACUAUAGAAAACUGCCUUAUUCUUGUUUUCUUUGCAACUUAAUUUAAUUGAAUUAGUUUGCUUAAUAUAAUCGCUAAAAGCUAUUUUAACUGUGUGUGUUGUUUCUCCCCAGGGCUAUUAUAUUAUGCUGGCCAUGGCUACGAAAACUAUGGUAAUAGUUUUAUGGUUCCUAUAGAUGCCCCAAACCCCUAUCGAGCAGCAAACUGUCUGUGUGUACAAAAUAUUCUCAAACGGAUGCAAGAAAAGGAUACUGGCCUCAAUGUAUUUUUACUGGAUAUGUGCAGGAAAAGGUAUGUAAUUGCUUUCAUCACCUCCCUAGUAGAUCAAGGCUCAAGAAGCCAUGUUGGCGCUAGAAAAACAGGCAAAUGGAACAGCUGAGAGGUUAGCUUUUAUUAACUCAACCAUCUGUAUGCAAGUGUCGCAACCUUUCCGUUUUCUUCUCCAGGCUCGGGAGAGCGAAAGCAAAAUAACAGGGAAUAAAAUACACUUGCUACAUGGUCAUGUUUGACUUGUUGGGUCAGUCUCCGGGAACAAAGGAGGGCAUGAUUCACAAUCCAGAUAACGGUGGUUCAGAUAAAAAUUCUUUUCUUCCCACUCAGAAAAAAACAGUGUUUUGAUUACCACAUGAAAGCAGAGUUGGGUAGCUUGUUCAAAAUACUGAAAGCUGCUUUCUAACAGAUGAAGCUGACAUCCUAUUGACUGGGAAGGUGGAAUGUCAGGCUGGCGUUUUCCCCCUCUAAGAUCUUGCCGUGACAGUAUUUCCCUGCUCUUCCUCCUCCCAGCUAGUAGGGAAUAUUAGCUAGGAAGUGAUAACAGCUUUUACUUCAAGCCCCUCCCAACUUUCCUGGGCUAUUAUUAUUAUUCGUUUCAUUUCUAUACUGCUUUAUAUUGUUAAGAAAACAUCUCCCAAGCAGUUUACAACACACUGAAACAUCAAAUAAAACAAUCCAAAAUAAAACAUUGCUGAAGAAAGUCAGAUAUAAAGCAUACAUUCAAAGCAACGUAAUUAACAGGAAACUGAAAUAUUAUUUAAAAGUUUUCAAAAUAAAAUAUUGCUUCAGGCAGGCCUGAAUCUUCAAAGUUCUGGUCAGGCAGAUUCCAGCUGCUUUUCAUGUAAGUGUAACCAGUAGCCCUGUUCUAGGUGUUGUUCCAUGCAGUCAUCGAUGCCAAAGCAAAGCAUUUUUAUAGAGCUUGUGCACCAUUUUGGGUUUGGGUGCUUUGUAACAGCAUCACCACCCUUGGCCUAACUCUAGAGAGGUUUCAGGGCAAAAAGCAUGAGUGUGGGGUCUUUUUCUGCCAAUGAGCAUGGGCAAGUGUCAGGGAACUGUCAGGAUGCCUGUGGUGGGUGGUACUUGAAGCAAAAGGCAGCUGAGCAGCAAUUUCUUUUGUACAUUCCCACCAGGCAAAAAGCAGAGGUUUUUACACCUGUGCAUCUCUCCAACAAGGCAAGCAAGAGGCAUUGAUCACAGUUCAAGGACAUAUUCCAGCCAGGCAAAAGCACUCAAGGAGCAGGCAGAGCAGAGCCAGUGAUGGGGCAAGGCCUGGGCUACAUCUUAUGCAUGGGCUACUUUUUAUGCAACUGCAACAUGAGCAGCUCAUGAAUGUGGAAGGAAGCACUUUGCACUGAUUCACCAAAGCAAAUUUGCUUAGUUCUCUGUUGCUUGAUUUGUUAAAGGAAGUGAUGGAAUAAAUGGCAGAAUUUGGGGGGAGGGGGUUAUAUAGAAUUUUCUAUCUAUAUAAUAAUGUCAUGGCUUUGGAUAUAAAAACAUUUUGUUUUAUCUUCAACUUGCCCCAGAUUCAGGCUGUUCUUCUCAUUUUGUAUUCUUACAUUUAUUAAAGGAAUGAAUAUGAUAAUACCGUCCUCAUCUUGGAUGCCCUGAAGGUUACAGCUAACAUUGUUUUUGGAUACGCCACGUAAGGCUAAUUAUUUUACCUGCAUAUUUUUUGUGUAGAGAUAUAUAUAUAUACACACACAUAUAUAUAUAUAUAUACACACACACACAUAUAUAUAAUGACAACAGAAUGAUUGUGUUAUAUUUUCUGAGCUAACUAAAAAAACUUCAGUAUAGAGAUGGAUAAUAAAAAAGACAAUCUGCUUGUGUUCCAGCAGAUCUUUAUAUACCUUGUGGGCACAUUACAUUUGAGAAAAUCUUUGAGUUGUAUUCAGGUUUAAGUAGACCCAUUUAAAUCAAUGGCAUUCAAGUUAGUUAUAAGUAACUUAAGACCCAGUGAUAUCAGUGGGUCUACUCUAAGCAUGAUUUAAGUCCGGAUUGAACCUCAUGAUUUCAUUUUUGGAUCAACUUUCAACUUUGCAUGUGUGUGCCUCUCCCACUGCAACACAACAUAAACAUGGUACAUUCCUUUUGCUGGUUUAUCUGAGUGCAGCAUCUCCCUGACCACUUGACCGAAAACCCAGUUCAAAAGGCAGAUUAGGGUGAUAAAAGGAGAUUGUGCAGUCAGAUAAAUGUGAUGUGCCUCAUUCCAUUAAUUGGGGAGUUGAGAAUUCUUACCUGAUUUUAACACCUGUUUUACAGACAAGAUAAUAGGCCUUGCUCUGGUGUUAUAUUCAGGUAAGUGACGCGGCUAAUCCUGAGAACCCUUUUGUUCAUGGUUUGGCAAACUAACACCCAUGGACCAGAUCAGGCCCAAUUGCCUUCUGGAUCCUAGCAAAUUGCAUCCUGGCGGUGCAAACAUUUGUGAGCAAACAUUAAUAUUUAUUAACAUUUCUUGUAAAAGUAUACUUUAUUUGUAUACUUUAUUGUGAAACGUGAACUGAUUUUUCAGAAUCCUGUAAAAGUCCUUUUUAUUUUACUUUGACAAAGCAACAUUUUUGCCUUCUGUUGUGCUGCAGUUAUACUUUCCCAACCCAUCUUAUGCCUCUGCUGUUGUUAAUAUGCAUUUAAGGUGCCAAGGAGCAGAAGCUUUUGAAAUUCAGCAGUCUGGCUUAGCCAAUGGGAUUUUCAUGAAGUUCUUGAAGGAACGCUUGUUGGAGGACAAGAAAAUUACUGUGCUGCUGGAUGGUGUAGCAGAAGGUAAGGAAGCCCUAUGAGAAGUAUACCUGAGCCACUAGGGAAGUUUGCUUGAUCGAGAAAAGUGUGGUGCAGUGGUUAGAGCAGGGGUGGGGAGCCAAUCACUAUUUCUCAGCCUAAAGAUAAAGGUAAAGGGACCUGUGACCAUUAGGUCCAGUCGUGACCGACUCUGGGCUUGCGGCACUCAUCUCGCUUUAUUGGCCGAGGGAGCCGGCGUACAGCUUCCGGCUCAUGUGGCCAGCAUGACUAAGCCACUUAUGGCGAACCAGAGCAGCGCACAGAAACGCCGUUUACCUUCCUGCCGGAGCGGUACCUAUUUAUCUACUUGCACUUUGACGUGGUGCUUUUGAACUGCUAGGUUGGCAGGAGCAGGGACCGAGCAACGGGAGCUCACCCCGUCGCGGGGAUUCGAACCGCCGACCUUCUGAUCGGCAAGUCCUAGGCUCUGUGGUUAAACCCACAGCGCCACCCGCGUCCCGCGUUUCAGCCUAAUCUACUUCAAACGGCUGUUGUGUGGAUAAAACUCCUUGAUGGAAAGGCAGAAUACAAAUGCAGUGAAGUGUAAAACAUUUCAUCUGCACAUUUGAGGCCUUCGGAGCAAACUGUGUGUUAUGCACAAAUGCAUGUAAAAGCUGUUUUGAUUGGGGGGGGGGUUACAGCCAAAAAGCAGCCCUGAGAGGCUGUAAUUUUUUUACAGAAGUUGAUAGCAGGGGUAAGGUAUACGCACACCCAUGCUUCACUCUUUCCUUUCAAACUCCCCCCCCCCCCGCCCAAAUAGCAGCCCAAACUGCUUCUUCCUAGAUGAGGAUAAAGAACAAAUGUACACCAGCCUUUGUAAAUAACUGUUUUUGGACAGCUAUGCCUGUCAGCUGAAAUACAGCCUGCUCCCCGUAACCUUUACUUCCUUGAGAUGAGAUGAAUGGCCUGCCCCAGUGCACCCUGUGUUUCCUACUGGUUCUAGUCAACAGAAACUGCCAGCAGGGGAUGGCUGGGAAGACAGCCUGCUGGCAAACAAGACAGGCAUCUUUUCCCCCCUCCCUGAGGAGCAGCCUGACAGGGCAGAUAGAAAACAGCUGCUGGCCUCCAGAAGGCGUCAGAAUUUCUUAGAACUCGGGAGAGAAGGAUGGGGGUGGAUGGAGGGUGACUGGGCAAAAGGCAAGCAGGAAGAAAAUGCUUGGGGGAGGCUGGAAUGGCAGGUUGGAGAAAUGUAGACUUUGUGUAACCAAUGCCCUGGGUAGGAAACUGAGUGGAAGGAGGCUGGAGCCUAGUGAGCUGCAAACCAUACCUGAAGAAAGGGAGUUCUCUUGAGUUCCUGAAGGGAGUGGAUGCUGACACAGACCUCAUUCAGAGGACUCCUUUGCCUCAAUGUGGUCCUGGAAGCAAAGCGCGAGAAGGCCCCCCCCCCUCUUCUGCUUUGGGGAAGACAGAAGUGAAAUUGCCAGCCAAGGAGCUGCCAGAUGGCAAUAUCUGGAUGCUUCAGUUCUUGAGUGGGACCACUGGCUGACUAUUGGAGAGCAACUGUGUACAACCCUAAUCCAGGGAGGCUGCCUUCACGCCAAUCAAGACUUCUGGCAUUGCUGGGGGUGGGGGUAACUAUUGGAGUGUGCUGUAGCACUUAAUCCCUAAUAAAAGCUGUGAAAUGAAUUGUGUCCAUAUGCAAAAGACUAACAGGGCUGUGGGAAUGGGUGGGUGUGUGGCUUUUUGAUGUACCCCUGCCCUUGGAAGCACAACGUAUAACAAUACUACUAACACACUGGGGUAGAAAGGGGGGGAUCAAAUCAAUUGUGGUGCAUGUUUGCUUUGUAGGCACAGAGCGAUAGAUGCAUCCAAAAUGGUGGCAUUGUUUUUUAAAGGUAUACUUUAUCUCCUUUCACAGCCCCAGAACACUGCUUCCAGCCAGGAUAGACAGAACUAGGCAAGAUGAGCCAUUCGCCAAAGGCAGUUCCUUAUAUAGUAAAUUCAUUUUUUUUAAGUUACAGAAGCGAUGUUCAAAAACUACUACCGCUGCAGAAUUUCCUUAUGAAAAAGGCGGCUAUGUAACAACAUUUUAAAAACAUAUAGAGUAUGAAAGUGGACAAAAAUGCAUUAAAAUUGUUUAAGGAUGCUAAUGAUGUGGCUGAAAAUAGAUGGAGAACCCCAACUAAAAAAAAGACAACUGUUGGAAAAGAUUAUCAGUCUAGCUUAUCUGUAGUGUAAAACGAUUGGAACGUGUAUUCUUGUAAGUAGAGUGCUGCAAUUAAGAAACAUGUCUUUUCCUGGGAAGGAUUUCAUUGACUGGAGGAUCUGUGCCUAUGCAUGUGGGAGGGAGAAGAUGAAGAAACUUGCCACACAGCUUAAUAAAUGUUUGGGUCAUAAUGAAUGCUAAAAGAGCAGGGGAGGCGGAGUUCUCAUGGAGAGGAACUUGGACGGUAUGUUCCGGACUGUAGUGAAUUUUGAACAGCCAGGCUUGAAUGCCCCCUUGAAAUCAGGUUUGUCAUGGAAACGCUGACACAACAAUAACCAUAGCAACAUGGCGGCUCUUCUGGAAUGUAGGUGCUUUAAUUAGAAUUUUCAGCAGCUUUGGUUCCCAGAAAAUGAUUUGCAUCUUUUAUUUUUAGAUAUGGGCAAGUGUCACCUUACCAAAGGCAAGCAGGCUUUGGAGAUUCGCAGCAGCUUAUCUGAGAAGAGAGCAUUAACUGAUCCUGUUCAGCAAACAGUAGCGUCGGCAGAGUCAUUAGCGCGGAAUCUGCAGUGGGCAAAAGCUCACGGUAUGGGUGAAGAUGCUGUUCAAGUUGGUCUAUAGCUCCUCAUGUCCCAGGCACAACAGCCUUAUGUAUAUACUGAAAUAACUUGGUUUACCUCCCUCAAAUGGUUCAUUUCCCUAGAUUAUUUGUUCAAGGAUAGCUAACCUUCAAUGGAAUACUUGAAUACUGCACUCACCUUGGCAAACUUUCCAGGGGCUGCGUGCCACCAGUGGGUGUGUCCACCCCUACUCUUGCCCUCACAUGUGUGUACACACACAUUCAGGGCACCUUCUCCAGCGUAGCCCCACACCCAGCAGAUCAGCUGAAGAGCAGGGCUUAUCAUCAUCCCCUCUCCGUUCAUCAAAUGAUCAUUCUAAUAAGCACAGUAGAGGUAGUUUGUAUCCCCAUCAAGGUUCUGGGCUGUGCAGAGAGUUCUACACAUCUCUGUCCACCCCAACAUCACCUCUGUUUUAUUCCCCCGCUUUUUUGCUGCCACCAAAAUCAGUGGAGCCUUGGUGGGAUGGGGCUCAUUAAUUUUUUCUUAGGGGUCAAGCUCCCAAGCCAAACACAUUAUUACAUUUGUAUAUCCAAAACAUCCACAGUGGUUAACAACUACUGUAUAAAUCCCACAACAGAAAAUAGCCAGUUCACAAAACAGUCAGUCAGUAUCAUAAUGAUGAGGGGACAGUGACAUCCCAUAGCCCAGGGGUGGCUAACCCAUAGCUCACAUGCACCCAGGUAUAUGAAGUGACCUUCCAGGCCCUUUCCCCAUAGCUUCAUCUUCUUAUCUGCUCAGCAAAUGAUAACUUGUAAUUCAUUUAAUGUGUUGCUAGUAAAGUGAAGGCGCAAGAUCCUCUCCAGUAAAGUUACUUAUCAUUUUAGGGCAAUAGCAGAACUGUUGAUAGAUGCCAGGAGGAGAUGAUCUGUGCAAAAUGUAUGAAGGAGUCUUGAAGACUGAUUAUAAUCUGCUCCCAUUCGUUUGUAGAUCUCCUAGCUACUGAAAUUAAUCCUGAUGUUCCAAUCUGGAUAAUGACUAAGUACAGCAUGAGGAAAGAUGCAAUUUCCCCAACUAAUUUUGAAGGAGAGCAUCUGUGUAUUACCACUAAUCAAAAUGUGUUUGUUUCCAGAACUUCCUGAAAGCAUGUGCCUUCAGUUUGCCUGCGGUGUUCAAAUUCAGCUGGGUUUCGCAGCAGAAUUCUCCAAUGUCCUGAUUGUCUACACAAGCAUAGUAAAGAAGCCUUCUGAAAUCACUGUUUGCAAAGCUUAUGUUACAGAUUUCCCCCUUGUAAGUUGGCGUCAGGAGCUUGGUAUGAGUUUAUUCUUUACAAGAUUAUAAAAAACAUGAAAUUUGCACUUUGGCCAAAACCCACAUAUUAUAUGAUCUGGCAGCUAGAGGGUGGUGGUGGUUGUGGGUAUAUAGCUUUUAAUCCUAUGAGUUAAUUUCUGCUUUUUAACAAAUUUGAACAGGACUUGGAUGUGGACCCCAAAGGGGCAAACAAGGGGACUCCUGAGGAAACCGGAAGCUACUUGCUUUCAAAGGACUUGCCCAAGCAUUGUCUCUACACUCGAAUAAGUUCUCUGCAGAAGCUAAAGGUCAUUUCACAUUACUUUUGUUUCACAAACUCAUUCUGUUUGGCACUUUUACACCAGCUGCUGCAUGAAACAGAUUGCACGAUUUACAGGCCCACACCCAUAUUGGUAGCCUCCAGUUACUACUUGCCCUUUGAAAUACCUCAGCAUAAAUGUAUGAUUUCCCUAUGGAUGCAGCUUUGCAGGUUAAGCCAGCAGAGAAUUAUAUGCCAAAGGCCUUCAGUCUCGAAAGGUUCAGAGUCCAGAUUUCUGAAUAUGGCUUCAUGGAUAUUGGGGGAGAGCAGCAGGCUGCAGCAGUAGGGGUUUUGUUUGUGUCAAGGCUGAGGUGGUGGUAGGAUCACAACUGCUUUGCUUUCUUGCUGCACCACUAAGGUCCCUUCCAACUCAAUUCUAUGAUUCUAAGCUAUUGGAAACAAAACAAAUCAGGGCUCCGAUGAUGGCUGUCGCCCCAUUUGCGCUAUACAUUUAAAGCUGUAUCACACCACUUUAAACCUUUGCUGCUUCCCCCAAAGAAUCCUGGGGCUUGUAGUUUGCUAAGGUCACAGAUGAUCGUUAGAGUCCAAUUCCCCUCACAGAGCUGCAAUUCCCAGCGUGGUUUUGUAGUCAGUCCCUCUUCCCAGAGAACUCUUGAGAACUGUAGCUUUGUGAGGGGGAAGAGGGAUCUCCUAAAAAACUCUCAACACCCUUCACAAACCAUGAACCAUGACUGUUUUGAAGUGGCACGACGCUGCUUUAAAGGCCUAGUGCAGAUUGGACACUACUGUGAGGUGGGAAAUAGGGGACCAGGAGCCAAAUCUGACUGGGCAAUGAGAAUGUACUGGGUGAAGGAACUACUCUGAUCAGUAUAAAACUGCAGUAUGUGGCAUUGGAAUGAGGGUGGAAUCUACAUGAUAAAGAACAGCUGGUGUCCCUUGGCUUAUACAUCAUCCUAAAUGAUGAAGAUACAGCAAGUGCUAAAAUUGAUUUAUUUCUUUUUUGAGGGGCAGACAUGCUCAUUUUUUGCUUUUGUUUCCCACGAAAUGCAGAUGUGCCAUUAAUUCAGUCAGCAUACAAAACUGAUUAUGUUAGUGAGAGUAUUGGAGUUAUCUGUGAUGCAAACAGUAGCUUCUUUGUGUUUAAUUUUUGCAAGUUCCAUGUGGAAGGCAAACUCUUAACGUGGAAAGUGGAAUAUCUUUAGCAGCCGGUGUAACAGUUGCUUUUAAAAUACAGUGUCUGUGUGCUGACAGCAAAACGCUAGAAAAAGGUUUCCAGCACCCCCCCCCCCUUUUUUUGUCCUGUGAAUUUGUGUAAUUAGGAGACAAAAGCACUCUGAUGGCAGUGAAUGCUGCAUUUGAUGUGAAUGCCUGCAUUUCUUUCUUAGGGCAUAACAGCUGCCAUUAUUAUGAAGAUUAAUGAUGAAUUUUCUUUUUUUAUUAUUUCACAGGAAGACUUAACCUUCACAGUUUGCCUGCACUAUGAAUACGCAGGAGUAGAUGAUGUUGUGGAUGAAAGGAAGGUGGUUAACAUUGGCAAGCCGCUCAUUGCGAGACUGCGCAUUCAUCAAGGAUACAGAAAGAAUAGUUGUUUCCACAGCUUCUGCGGGCCUGACGGGCCUUGUUUCGCCCACUCGCCUGGUGUAGAGGCAGCUGGAUAUAGCCCCUCUCAUCACAAUCACCAGCCACAUUGUUAUACAGGUUUCCCCCAGCAAAGCCCUGCUCACUCAGGAAGUGUUUUGCAACCAGUGAGGUGCCAGUGCAAUAUGUCUCCAAACAGGCUGGUCGCAUGGUCACCAACCUGGUCGUAUCCAUCCAAUUCGAACCAAAGCAACGUACCUGUGGAGACGACGGAUGAACUGGAAUCUGAUUUCUCAGGAAGCUUGAGGCUGUCUCAUCAACAGUAGCCGAAGCUUUUGUGUGGCAGUUUAGCGGCAACAUUCCUCAGGCAGCGAUUUGCAGAUCUUGGAUUUUGGGGAAAGGGCAUUAAUAGGUCUCAUUGAAUUAUUUAACCAGGAUCCCAAGUUGUUGGGAUUAUGAGUUGGCACAUAGGUACUUAAGAAAUCUUCUUGGACCACAGGAAAUUCCCAGUUAUUUUCCCUGAUAAGGAAACUGCAGGGCAUGUUGCAAUACAGUAGUAAGAAAGAGUCUGAUUGACUUCAAGCCCAGCUAUGUAUCAUGGGAGAGUAUGGGUACAGUAUUCUCUUUUAACAUGUUGAAAACAAUUGGAACUGCAACAAAAUGUUGCAGUGUGACGAUGGUCUGCCUGUCCAAACUUCCAGCAUUUCUAACCCCCCCCCCAAACAUUUCCCACCAGUCAGCAUUCCAUGGGGCACUGAGCACAAAUAGUCCUGUAUUGGGUGGGGGGGCUCACUCCCUUGGGGUUUUCACCUCUAGAAAUUUUUUCUAUACAAACUUUGGGGUUCCUCAAGUCUACUCAUACCAUCUGCAUGGUGCUGCUGCUUUGGCUACAUAAGCAAUGACAUGACCUGAGCACUGGAAGUAGAGCAGUGGUUGCUAGACACUCCCCCGCCCCCGGGGAUCACUUGGAAAAUGCUGACGGUUUUGGUGAACUACGUAAUGAUUUUUAGUUGUAUUUUUAUUGUUUCUUUUAUUUCUUCCGCAGGCAACCCCCGAUUUGCACGGGGGUUGUGUUCCUGCCCCCCGCCCCGCCAACACGUCAACAGAGUUUGCAUAAGGCAUAAGCCCACCCCAUUAUACCCCUGAUCUGCCCUCAUGUUCUGCGUAAUUGAACAUGUGCAAAAUGGUCACUGCCUGUUGCUUUUUUUUUUGGUAUUAACUUGCAUCCAAGUUGCAGCCAAUACAAUAAGAAAUGAAAUGCAAGGAAAAUGCAAUUAAAAAGCAAUUUGCAUAUUUAACAUGAACAUGCCAUGGACCACCUGAGUGAAGCUCAUGGACCACUGGUGGCCCACCAACCACAAGUGUGGGAACCUCCUGACAUAGAGGGGAUGAUGUUUAGAGGAUGGCAGGAUACCACUGGGUAUCUGGUGCUUUCCCUACAUGUCUAGAUGAAUGCAUGGGAACUGGACGAUGGACUGAAUGGAAUAUUGCUCUCAUUCAUCAAUGAUAUUCUUAUUUCUGUCCUCUGGAAGUUCCCGAACCUUUCCUCCUACAGCAAACACUGUACAAACAACCUUUGAUUAAAUAAAAGCACCUGCAGAAUUUCUGGUCAUUUGGGAACCAGUUUUGUUUUACAUGAUCAAUGUCUGCAAUUAGUUCAAAAGGGUAGAAAAGAGAUUUUUGUGUGAGAUUAUAAAUGCACCCCAGCCUCUUUAACAGUCAACAAGAGUGAAUCAGCUUUACAGGUACUCCUCCUCUCAUUUAUACUGUCAUUUUAAAAGGCCAGCAUUAUUAUUAUUUUGUGCAUAAUUAUACGCAAGGCAAUAAAUUCCUUUUUUAAAAUAUUUGUAUAUAUGUACUAUAUUCAAUAAGAAGUUCAGCAUUCAAUUCUCUAACGUGACUGAAGUGCCUGUGGUAUGUUAAAUUUAGACUCUUACCUGCAUUUCUGGGGGAAAGGAAUACUAGGCAAACUGAGGCAAUCUAUCCAAAACAAUGCUAACUAAAUAUUAGCCUUUAUUCUAGAUUUCUGCAUCUUAGCAUUGUGGAAUUUUGCAUGUGCUGACAAAUGUGCAGGAGAAUUACGAUACGAGAGAUGUAGCUGUAUUAAGGGGGAGACAGUCGGGAAGUGGUUCGGAAAGUCAGUAGACAGCCAUUGGGACUCUAGGAAGCAAGAAGGAAGAGAAGCCAAGGAACAACAGCUUGCAAGGUUGCAGGUAAGUAGACACUUGGGACGGAACAGAUAAGUCAGUGGCAAGUCAGUCUGGAGCCUGGAGAAGGUCUAAGCGGUGUCUAAGGAGCGAAGGUCUAAGAAGCUGUCAGGGGGGUGAUUUAUCCAGAAAUGUGAUUUAGUUAUAUUUGUUUUGAAUGUUUUGUUGAUUUUAUAUUUGUUUUUCUUGGUGGUUUUAUGUAUAUUUGUUUUAAAUUGGUUUGUGUAUUUUAAGUCAUGGUUUAUAUAUAAUUUGACUUGUAUACUACUUGGGAGAAUUUUUUUGAGCAAGUGGGUUCGUACAUUUUCUAAAUAAUUGUCGGAGGAAUUUGAAGAGGUGCUGUAUACAGUGGUACCUCGGGUUAAGUACUUAAUUCGUUCCAGAGGUCCGUUCUUAACCUGAAACUGUUCUUAACCUGAAGCACCACUUUAGCUAAUGGGGCCUCAUGCUGCCGCCACGCCACGAGAGCACGAUUUCUGUUCUCAUCCUGAAGCAAAGUUCUUAACCCAAGGUACUAUUUCUGGGUUAGCGGAGUCUGUAACCUGAAGCGUAUGUAACCCGAGGUACCACUGUACCUGCCUUCCCUCUGAUGAACAUUCCUUCUUUUGCCACCCCUCCUUCCACGCCACUCUUCUCCUCUCAUUGUGUUUGGGUCUGGGAUAUAUCUUUCUGUCUUCCUGUGCUUGUAAGUGUAGUCAUAAGAGGCUACACUGGCCAGCUUUAGCCAUGCAAGAAGUGGACUUCUGAAAGAGUUGGGCAAUGAAAUGUGUCAAGCACUGCAGCCUCAGGGAUCUUUAUACAUCAUAUCCCCUUGCCUUGAACAGUGUUGUCUGAUUACAGUUGGCCCAACCCCUCUCCUUGAUUUUGUUCAAGACCCCUAUUUAUGAUUCCUGAGGGGAAGAGGUUGUUGGGAGGGAGGAAGAGGCACUUGAAGAAGAGACUGGAGGCUGGAACAAUAUUGGUUAUGGCCCAGGAAUAGGACUUGCAUGUCUGGUUGCUAAAAAUUAGGGUUCCAACUUGCAAUUCAGGGCAGUUCAUGGACAUUGAUGACUCAGGCAAUAGGAUGCAGAUAGCAUGUAUAUGUUGUUACGCUUUCCAGCUUGUGGUUCAGAAAACCCAAGUGGUUUUAUUAAUAAGAGGAGGGAGAUUAACAACACAAUCCUAUGCAGAUCUGCUUGGAAGAAAGUCCUGUGGAGUUCAUGUGAACUCCCAGGUAAAUUAUGUGCAGGUUUGCUGCUUGAGUUAAUAAGAGAUUUGUUGUUGAUGGUAAGGGCAAGUUUUAAAUGUUCCUUAGUUUGGUAGUUGUCACUUUCUGAACUGGCCCCCAUGAAAUACCUUUACAUCUUCAGACUAACGCAAUGGUUAAAUAUUUCCAAAAUGAGCUGGUCCAAUGGGAAGCCCUUUCAAUGGCUCCUGUGCAUUUCCACAGCCUCCUAAGUGGCAAAGUUUUGCAGAAAUGGAGUUCCGUAAACCCAGGCAAACCAUAGGUCCACCUAGAUAAGUAUUGUUUGCAGCAACUGGCAUCAGCCAUUCAGGGUUUCAGACAUAAAUCUUGCCCAGCCCUACUUGGAGGUGUCAGGGGUUGAAUCAGACCUUCCAUAUGGAAGUUGUAUAUUCUAGCAGUGAAUUAUGACCCCUGAAUUUGAGCAGGGAGGAACUAUACUAUGUGACGUAUUUAGGUGAUACAUGCCUGAUAUCCAGGGCAAAACCUUGUGAGCUCUUCAGAAGAAAAGGGUUGUCUUUUCAUUUAGAUCAGGACAAACUUCUAGCUUUCAUGCUUUUAGGUGGAACGUAAAACCAUUAAUGAGCAGUGUACGUUUUGUGACAGCCUUAAGAGGCUGCUAUGCAACUGGUCUGAUAGCACUGCAUCACCAGAUGAAAGUCGGUGAUGCUGUCCUUUGCUUUCAGAGCAAAAGAAUGGCUCUUCGAAGCACUUCUCCAUCUCUAGUCACAAUCAGUUCAAGAGGCCCACACACGCACACUUGAUUAGUGUGGAGCUUGCAUUGCCAUGGUAACUAUUCUCUUCACAUACUUUUUGGCACUUGGAAAAACUCAUUGGUUUCUUCCCACGAUCUAAGAGAUUGGAGCACUGUUCAGUGCCCUUCCAAGAUUAGGUCUGUAAUGAUGGAAACAAAAGAGAUUGCUUCUGUCACUACGGGCCUUAAUCUUGCACUGCACUGAACUUCCUGCUCUAGUGAACCCUGCAUGCCCAAUGGCCAAUAAAUAUUUAUUGCUUGUAGCCAUAGGCCAUUGCAAAUGCAGUAAAAGACCUAUUAGCACAGGCAUAAAACAUGAAUAAGUAUACACUCUGCUUAAAAUGCAAUCAAGAUUGAAACUUCCUGGGGAUAGAUUUAGCUUGCUCAAAUUAACAAGUCACUAACAGUUCGUUGAAAGAUUCUCACUUGGAUUUUCUUUGCUGCAGUUGCCUAUAGUGCAGCUUGAUAGUAUAUGUACUCCUAUGGGUUGGAUAACAGGUCAAUGACUCUGUUUUGCACUGGUCACCCACUCCAUUGCAUGUAAUAUAAAAGAAUGGUUUCUUUUCUAGGACAGGCAUACAGUGGGCAGUGCAAUGAAUGUUAUUGGCAUCAUCUGUCUGGAAAGACAAUGGCAGGAAGUCAAACCACUGCGUUAGCAGCACUGAACGUGACUUCCCCAGGGCACAUUUAGUCUCUGGCUAGACUAAAAACAAGCACAUGAACACCUCUGUGCCCUGGCUACACCAUGCAUGGAUUUUCUAUAUCAUCACCAUAUGCUAUGAGCCCCAGCCUUCCUCAAAGUUAAUGUGAACCGUAAAGGCCUCCAACCCUCCCCAGUUUCCCAUCAGCUGCAAGCUUGGCAACUUUGCUAUCUCUGAUUGAAUCUGUGUUUUCCCUCCACAAAGCACCGUGUUUGCUUUGGGAUUCAAGCUCCAUCAGUAUGGUACAGAGGAUGACAACCAUAUAAAUUUCCAGAAAGAGAUGCAAUCCUUGUAAGAGCAAGCUUAUUAUAUUUUACUUGCACUAAGGCACCAGAUGUUCUUGUGCAUUGCCUUCCGUUCUCAGAAGGACGUGCAUAGGAGAUGAUAAUGAGCGAUUGCUUUUCUCUGUGUUCAAGGCAACGAUUUCAUCAGCUCCAUAGAAGUAUCUGUCAGCUAGCCAGUUAUGAGUUAUGGUCACAGCUGUUGUACCAUGGCCAGGAAUAUGGGAGGAGUCCCCUUAUUUUGUGAUUGUAAAUUGCUCUAAACUGUUUUCAGCAUUGUGUUUUAACAAGGCAGGCGUUCUUGUUGUAUAUUUGUAAAUUCGUAUUAGAAAAAUACACAAAGGUUGCUUCCAGACAACUUGUUUAUUGAGCAUUCAUCCUGAUUUGUUUGCAGGGAGAUUAAGACAGCAUUGGCUAUUUAAUAAGCAUAAGGUUAGAUGACGUUGCGUAAAGUGAGUGUUACUCCACACCUUUCAGUGCAGUCCCCCUUUACUUUCCUUAUCACAAAAAGUCUGAUCUUUUGUGAAAGUAGCUUUGUUGCUCAAGACAGCGUGGUCAACUACAAUGGCAUAAACUAGAUUUGCCAGUUUGUGACUGGGCCCUCCUGCAAAACAGCAACUGUCUGGAAGUGGCCUCUCCAUCAGAAGGAAGUCGGAUCUGAGAAACACUGCCCCUGGCACUUUUCAUCAUUUAGGAAAGUAAGGAGUAAUGCACAGUCGUCUUUUUCUGAGCUGUAAUUCUCAAAUCACUUGCCACUUUUGACUAGAAUACUGUUUCCUCUCUAAUGCAGAACGGUUAUUUGGUAAUUAUAAUGGUUCCAUCUUUUUUUAUAACUGUGAAUUGUGCUGUUGCCACCACCCUGGGACCUCAUGGUGAAGGGUGGGUAAGAAAUAUAAAUGGAAUAAAAUAAAUAAUAAAAAUCAAGGGUAAUUUAAUUUAAAAAUUAACAUCUCUUAAAUGUGCAUGAGCUCUCUGAACCCAGUAAUCCACUGUCUUGAGUAUCAAAUGGAUGUGGGAUCUGUCCAUCUAAGGUGCGGGUUCCGAAAAAGGAAUCUAGUGCCAGUUAUGUGAUUCAGUCUGAAACUGACAUCCAGUUCUUUUUGUUGUCCACUCUGUUUGGUAUAGUUCCUUUUAAAGGUUUUGUUUUAUUUCACAAUGUUUACUUGAAGAUUAAUAUCCCAUUUCUUUCAUUUAUUCUUUUGGGGUGGGAACUGCUGUUGCUUAGAGAGCCAGUAAGUAUGCAGUCUGCCUCUGUAUAAUCUAAAAGCAAAUCUGUAACAAAUAAUCUGCAUCCCCUAUCCGGAAAAUUAAUUUCCAUAUUAAGUUUGGAGCUUGCAACGCACUGAAGUGGAAAGUAAAGAAUGAUGCACAAGAUUUUUGACAGAACACUGCCUCCCAGUUUUAUUGGUUUAAUUUUUCCUAAUGACUAAAACUGACACAUUUCCCAGCACCACCAGAAGGUAUUUAGUGACAUUACAGAGCUCUAAUCGACAUUAAUACACAUGUCAGUUUGUUAGCAUAUAAACUGAGUGAGUCCUGGAAUUAAAUUGUGAAGCUGGUGAUCUGAGAGAUAAAACUUUUGUUCCCCAUCCCACGCUGUAAGGUUCUGUCAGCUAUAGUGUAAAUUUGAAAUAUCCUUGCUGAGGACAGUUUUGCAGAUGUCGCUACAAGAUUUUGGCUGAAUGUGCAUGUCACGCUUAACCAUGUUCAGGGCAAUGUGCAGGAGUGGGCUACAAUGAGACCCUGAAUUGUGUAUUCCCUUCUCCUAUGCCCGCAUCACCCAGAAGAGUUCAGAAGCUCCUAAGCCUACUUUUGGUUAGCAGUGGUUAGUUAUGUCAUCUGAAGUGGCAAUCUGGUUAAUAUUAACCAUGGUUAGCAUGAAACAAGCCAACUUCAUGGUUUCUAGAGCUGGCUUAUUUGAACUAACCAUGGUAAACAAUAAUUACUGUUCUGGGCUUGGAUGACAGGAGAAGCUGUGGUUAACUAAAUGGAAAGGAAAUCUUCUGAACUCUUAUGGGUUGCAUGGAAGGAAGGGAUGGGACUGAGAGAGCGGACAAACCCAAAGUUCACUGUGUCUCAUUCCUGUUUGUGCACACCUUGCUAAAACCAUGCUGUGUGGCACAGCCAAAGAAGAUAAAUGAGAUCAGCAUUGGGAGAAUUACUGGUAGAUCCAAGUAAUUUCCACAUCAGCCUAGCUCCUCUACCAAGUGAAUGAAAUCCUGAGAGAGCAAUCCUAACAAGUUAAUUCUGAUUUGAUGGCUGAAGUAGAGCAGGACAAUCAAAACAAUAACAAAAUGUAAGACUGCUAGUUAAUCUUUAACAUUUGGCAUGUAAAGUAUCUCUUAGCUAUUCAUGAACGCUGUGUACAUGAAUCAGAAGUGAGAUGGGCCCUUCCCCAGAGGUCUUGCAAUUUGGAUUAGGUUGGUCAGGAUCAGUAAGAGACAAAAAGAGUUCAGGAGAGUUAUCUAGCAAUAAAAUGGUAUUGGAGCAUUGUUGCUUUAACAUCUAUUGAUUGCCACAAAUCAGAUGCAUGUGGCAAAUGAUAAAUGUGGCGAGGUUUUAUCUUCUUGCCUUUCACUAGGUGGAAAUGGUUCGUUUUGCUGAAUUUGUCAAUACUAUCACACAUCGUUAAUGACUAAGAACAUGUUUUGUUUUAAUUAGAAGUUUCUUAUACUGUGCAUCAAGAAAUAUUAAGACGUUUCAUAACAAUUAAGCAAUAAUAAAUCAAACAAUACAACAAGAGCACUUAAAAAACCAAAAACCCUGAGUAAUUGACCAUGUUUAUGAGAUACUGAUAACACCCUUCCUCCUGUUUUCUCAAAUCUUUAAAAACACUCUCUUCUUUCCGCUGAAACCUCCCCGAUCCAUCAGAUUUUUUUUCACUUUGCAUGACUUUUCUUUUAUACAGCCACUCUUCAGAAAAUAAUUAACAGACGAUGCAGCCAAAGCUAACCGUUUUAUGCCCCAUGGAAUUCAAGGAAGAUAAUUAAAGAUGGGGGGCCAUAGGACAAGCAAGUGGAAGUACAGUGCAUUGUAAAACUAUGGAAUGUGGGGUUUGUUUUGAGGGGGGGUUGUAGCUGGUUUUUUUUGGUAUAUUUUAGAUCUUGUGAUUUAUGAGGAAAUCGUUCACUUUGUGUAUUUUUUUAAUGUUUUAUUUAUGGUUUAUGACUACUUUUGUUAUGUUGUAGUUAGGUAUUUUUUCUCCCAUGUUGUAAGUCGCCUUGAGCAUGGUUUGAACUGUGGAAAGGCAACAUGCAAAUAAAAUUAUGCAUUAUAUAUAAAAUUUGCUGCCACAUUGUGAUGGCUACCGAGUUGGAUGGCUUUAAAAUGGGCAGCAACAACAGCGGCAAGAAUUAUAUUAGCACAAGCUUGGAAGACGGAAGAAAUACCAACGAAAGAACAAUGGGAAGGGAAACUUACGGAAUAUGCAGAACUGGCAAAAUUAACAGAUAAAUUACAUGAAAUGGAUAACAAAGAUUUUAAAAGAGAAUGGGAACCACUUACAACAUAUAUGAAGAGACAACAUAAAGAAUUGGACUCACUGUCAGGGUUUGAAUAAACAAACACAAUUGUAUAUAACAAAAUGUAAGAUUAUAUGUGUUGGGAAAAUUUUGGGAAACAACACGCAGGGUGAGUAAUAUGGAAAUAAAACAAAAUGGGAAUUAUGAGGGAAGUCCGGGGGGGGGGAUAUUAAUUCCGGUGCCAGAGGAACAUGCUUCCGAAUGAUAAGUCUAUGGAGCAACACUGCUGAUCUGGAUGGGAGUCAAGUUUGAUCCAGCAGGGAUCUCCUGGUAGGUGUGCCGAAAAUAACAAAAACCAAUUUUGAGACACAAAGUACAAAUGUGGUUGUUCCCAAACUUUUCCACUAGAGGGUACUCAUUCCACAUUAAUUAUACCAGAAAGUAAAUAUACGUUCUGAACUUCCAAAUCUCUUGCAAUUGCUCCCAAACCUAUGGUCCGUAAAACCUCAUCAGGUGCCCCGUGUGCACAUUAAAUAUCCAUAUUGAUUUUUAUUGUAGCUUUUUGAGUCUUUCAUUUCUUAUAAGAAAUAUUGGGAUGCGGGUGACAAUGUGGUCUAAACCACUGAGCCUCUUGGGCUUGCUGAUCAGAAGUUUGGCGGUUCGAAUCCCCACAACGAAGUGAGCUCCUGUUGCUCUGUCCCAGCUCCUGCCUACCUAGCAGUUCGAAAGCAUGCCAGUGCAAGUAGAUUAAUAAGUACCGCUGUGGCGGGAAGGUAAACGACCUUUCUGUGCACUCUGGUUUCCGUCAUGGUGUUCUGUUGUGCCAGAAAUGGUUUAGUCAUGCUGGCCACAUGACCCGGAAAGCUGUCUGUGGACAAACACCGUCUCCCUCACCCUGAAAAUGAGAUGAGCGCCACAACCCCAUAGUUGCCUUUGACCGUUCAGGGGUCCUUUACCUUUACCUUUAAAGAAAUAAAAGGUGUGAUGAAAAAUACAAUGGAAAACCAUACAGCAUUUAGCACAGAGCAAUACAAUUGCCACAAUUGGUAGGGGGGAAAUGAUUAAGUGGGCCAUCACAAACAUCAGCAGUUUUAUGUGGGAAUAUUGCAAACUUGAUCUAUUCCAUUGGUCUUUGACGGGUGGAAGGCAAUUUUUAUUUUAGGCAAUUGUGGCUGGUGUUCUUUGGGAUUUGUAGGACAGAAGACAGGGAACUUGACAGUAGCUGGAGCCGGAGCGAAUGAUAGGGAGGGUCAAUAAAUACUUGUUUUGUCCCCAUCCUUGUCAGGAACAAACUGGCAGGAUUUAUAUUUUAAAUUUAUUUUUAUAUUGCCCUGAAAUCCAUUUUUCUUGUUUGAGUGGUUAGUAAAAUUUUAAAAAAUAAAUGGAUAGUAAAAGUGGUUAAGCAGUUACCAGUCUUCCUUGCAUGCAUAUACCAGCAGGGCUACUAGGUAAAGGUAAAGGGACCCCUGACCAUUAGGUCCAGUCGUGGCUGACUCUGGGGUUGCGGCGCUCAUCUCGCUUUAUUGGCCAAGGGAGCCGGCGUACAGCUUCCAGGUCAUGUGGCCAGCAUGACAAAGCCGCUUCUGGCGAACCAGAGCAGCGCACGGAAACGCCGUUUACCUUCCCGCCAGAGCGGUACCUAUUUAUCUACUUGCACUUUGACGUGCUUUCAAACUGCUAGGUUGGCAGGAGCAGGGACCGAGCAACGGGAGCUCACCCCAUCACGGGGAUUCGAACCGCC